CGUGGCUUGAAAUGCUCCGUUCAGCCAAUCAGGAGCUGCGUUUUCCCUGGAACGUGUUGGCAACAAAGUUGUGUCUCGCGACUGUUUAUAGCCAGCUGUGCAGAUCCUGGCUGUCAGUGAGAGCACGGCGUGCGGACCGCUAACACGGGCUGUCUCUCAGGGCCGCUAGCGCGGGCUCGCUAACGCGGGCUGUCUCUCAGGGCUGUCUCUCGGGGCCGCUAACGCGGGCUGUCUCUCGGGGCCGAUAACGCGGGCUGUCUCUCAGGGCCGCUAACGCGGGCUGUCUCUCGGGGCCGCUAACGCGGGCUGUCUCUCGGGGCUGUUUCUCGGGGCCGGUAACGCGGGCUGUCUCUCGGGGCCGCUAACGCGGGCUGUCUCUCGGGGCUGUCAUGGCUGUGGGGGAGUUCCUGGUGCCCGCUGGCAUGUCCUGGUGGGCUUUGUCGCUCUAUACGUUGCUGUUCCUGGUGCUGUGCUGGCUGAUGAGCUCUCUGUGGACCUAUUAUCGGCUCCUGUCUCUGAACACCCCUCCUGGGCCCACCCCACUGCCCAUCAUUGGGAACUUCGCUUUCAUGUUGCUGCCAGAGUGGCUGCUCUCUGUCCUAGACCUUGGGCUAGAGAUUGACCGGUCCAGAAUGGUCCCAGCUGGGGGUAAAAGAGGGGCAGCCUUCCGGUACCCUCACAUUAUCCUGACUAACAUGGCCAAGACAUAUGGCAACGUGUACAGCCUGUAUAUAGGAAACCAGCUCCUGGUCAUUCUCAAUGACUUUGACACCGUGAAGGAUGCCAUGGUCAACCACUCUGAGGUCUUCUCCGAUCGCCCCAGUGUUCCCAUGGUGAACAUCAUUACCAAGAGGAAAGGUAGGGACUGGAUGCCAUUUCAAUUCAUGGUAGAGGAAGCCUUGAUAAUGGUGUGUGUGUGUGUGUGUGUGUUGUUUUUUUGUUGUUAGAGUAUUACUAUCCUGUGUGAAGCGAGCGAUCCCUCAAUGGGACAUAUGAUAGCUUGGUUGGGGAAAUUUACUUACCUGAACUUGUUUUCCUGUUAAGUUUGCCAAAUAUCAGGUCUGACAUGAGGGAAAAAGUAGUCCUCUUGUCGUCCGUAAAUAGUCAGAACCUUUUAGAAUGUUUCAAUAUAAAAACAUCCUCUUUAUGAAAGCGUCAGAAGUGACUGCCGCUUUAAGCCAGGGUUUGUUAAAUUAGAACUCAAAAUUGGGUCCCUAUGAUGUUUUAAGUAGGUCCUUUUUUUUAACAGUUGGAAUAGAAACAUCCCAUUCAAUAGGUUCCAGGCAACGCACCACAAUACGCUGGCAGUACUGUGAGAUUAAGUGUUUUGGGUGACUAUAGUGUUCCUUCAAAGAACUAAAUCGGAAUAAAGUUGCUAUGGUUCCAGGAUGUAAGUGGUGCCAGCUUGCCUUUAGGGGUUAAAUCAUUCACGAUCUACGAUCAGUAGUUCCCCAUUCGAAAAACGGCUUUAGAAAAAUAUGUUUCUCAAGUCAUUUUGUGAAUGGGGAACUACUGAUUAGCAAUUCAGCAGUACGGCUAUGUGAGGCUCUCCAUCUUGCUAAUAAAGUCCACCGUUAUUUCUCUCUUAGAUACUGACUCUUAUAUUUGCUUAAGUUGUUGACAGGACAGUAUUGGACCAAAGUAAGCUGAUAAAAUGAGCUUGUAAAAAGUGGGUAUUGGCAUUCAUGAAUGCUUGGUAGGGAGACUAACAAAAUGAAGAGAAGAGUGGUAUGAUAAAAAGGGAAGGGAAACUAUAUGAACUGCCAUAGGCAAGGAGAGUGUUUGUAUAAAGGAAGGGGAUGGUGUUAAGAGUAAGGAAAACUAGCAUGUUGGAGGACAGUAUUUUGAUGUACUGGCAUUUUAGGAAGGAUGAUUCAGGUGGGGAUGUAGGUUUCCAUGGAGAACUGGGGUUAAAGGGUUACUUCAAAAACAAUGACCACGUCUGGUUUUGAAGUGGUUAUGGUGGUUGACGUCUGGAUGAGUAAUAUUUAAGCAUGAACACUACACAUCUAGAGUUAUUGGCAUUUGUGCAUAUUUUUAAAUCUGAUGUCAGCACGCUGGCAAUAGAGGUAAUCUGCUUCUCAUGUCUAUCUCCCCCCCCUACUUGUUUGCAGCCAUUUGGCUUCCCUAUUUCAUUAGGGGUUUCUUUUUGGGGGUUUUUUCACCGCUCUUUCAUCUUCUCUUGCCAGCUCAGAGCACAUGGAUGGGCUCUAAGCCCAUUAAAUGGUCCAACCAAAAGCCUUUUGAUUGGACCUUGUGCUGCUCCUGUGACAAACAGGUAGUGGGCCGAUCAACUCCGGAAGCUUCACCUGGCGCUGGAUUAAAGUAAGUAAAACCUUCUUUUUAAAUGGUUUUUGAGAGUUUAUUUUGGGGCGGACUUAAAGAAUAAUGCCAAUACGAUUCUAGCAAAAUAGGGUUGGAGAAUCCCUGUAAAGAGCAGUCUAUUCUAUACACAACCUAAUAUUACCUACUAAUACCGUGUUUCCUCGAAAAUAACACAUACCCCGAAAAAAAAGGCCUAGCUUAUUUUCGGGGGAUGCUCCUAAUAUAAGCUCUACCCUGAAAGAGACGGUAUGUCAAGUAUAAUCAGUUGAAAUGGUGGUGAAGUAAGUACACUCACAUUUGAAGGAGCCUGUGUGUGAAAACUGGCUCCGUAAUCAAGUUUUUAAGGCAGCAUCACACCUUCAAUCCACGGUAUCUCAAAGAAAAAAAAAAAUGGAGAGAAGAGAACCAAUGUGCAGUCUCUUUAGAAAGAUGGGAAAGGUGGAAUAAGUAAAAUGCUCACCUUUUUCAAAGCACUGUAAUCCUGGCUCUGAGGUAUAAUAGUUUUGUGUCAAUAUUUAUGGGGAUGGCACUACCUCUAUGUAGAUUCGAUAGGCUUCAGGGAUCUUCUUAAAAAUAAUUUUACAUGUAUUGGUACAAUGUAAACAUAUAACAUGUAAUAUAAAAUAAAAGAUUUCUGAAUAUGCCAAAACGCGUUUUUACUCUUGAAGAGCUUCCUCAGAGGAAGCUCUUCAAGAGUAAAAACGCGUUUCAGCAUUUUCAGGAAUCUCUUUUUAUAUUUUUUUUUAUAUAACAUGUUAUAUGUUUACAUUGUACCAAUAAAUGUAAAACAAAAAAAUUUAAGCAGUCCCCUGGAGCUUAUCGAAUCUAUAUAGAGAUAGUGCCAUGAAAUAGCUUAGAUCAGCUGACCUUUAUCUGCUUAAAGGAACCCCCCCCCGCAGCAAAUACCGGGUUACAAGACCAGACCACUUAAUUCGAUUAAGUGGUCUGGUCCAUAAAGUGUCCCCUUAAACUAUUUGUGAUUAGAAGAGAUUGGUAAAACCCAUUAUAUGUGGGGAAAACUAUCCUGUAAUUGCGUGUAGUUUAAAUGUUUAGUAAAUUAUAACUGUGCAAAAGUUGGUGAAUAAUAGUAUAGUGAGUAUUGCAUUUGACUUUCUUGGAAAAACGACAGGUAAAUUACACAAGUCUUCUAAAACAAACAAUUUUCUGGACUUUCUGCAUAACAUUUUUAACACUGUUAUGAAUCAAGGGUCAUGAUAACAUUUUUGCUACUUGUCAAAGCACAGGGCUUACAGGUCCCUCCCCCAACUAAUGACCUUCUGUUCACAAAGUGUAUCAUUGCAAAGUGAUCACUAUAACUGAGAAAAUGAGAGGUUUUGACUUUACACGAAAUUUGAUCGUCUUCUAUGUUCUAUGUAUUGCUGUUUCUAUUCGGGAUUGGAUACUAUUCCAUUUAUCUUUAGAAUGGCUGAACAGUUUCUGUUACUGCUAACCCUGCACGCAAUUCACAUUUUAAUGAAUUUCACUGGCAUGAAAUACAACUUCAUCUUUACAUCAUGCUAGCAAAAUCUGUAGUUAAAAUUAUUCAACUCUACACUAGUUUGACUAACAGUCGUUAGCAGCAAUCCAAACAUGAAUUCACAUGCUGUUUACUAAAUUUUUGUCCCAACAUGUGGGUAUUAAAGGAAGACCGUAACCGCGAGAGCUAACGGUUUUCAAAUGGUUUGACUUCUUACCUGCGUUAUGCCUGACCAUGCUCCCUGUCUCCACUAAUAAUCCUGCAGAUGUAUGUUCCUAAGAACUAGCUUCUGUUCACUCUCGUUGGCUAAGCCAAGCACUUCUAGGUCAUUGGCUGACAUCAUCCAAUGCUUAGGAACUUCCAAUGCAUGUUAAAAAGGGAGGCGAGGGUGGCGCACAAUGGAUCCCAUGUAAGAAGCAAAAUUGAACCUGAAACAGACCGGUUCUCCCUGUGUGCCAUUUUGAUUGGUGCUGGUCUUUGGCAGUUGCCCAGCAUAGAUUACAGUGUAUUCAGCAUGAUAGAGGAUCGUCAGUCAAGCUGAAAACAGACAGUAGAUGAUGGCAAAAUACCGCGCUCUAAUGUUUUUGCUUAGAAUUUCCUUUCUUAAUCUUACUACUGAUAUUAGCAAAGGGAACCCCUUUGGAUUAUAAUAUAAGGAUUAGCUGCAGGAUUGGCAUUAUUUGUAUGAUUAGGAUUAUGGCCAGCAACGGAAUCGUCUUGAUUGCAAGUCCCUACAGGAAUAGCAGGACCUUUUUCGGGUAGAUUGAGUUGAUAAUACAGUGGUUGCUGCCUAAUUGCAGGGCCGUUGCAAGGAUUUUUGGCUACACAGGCAAAGAUGCAUUUUGCUGUCUCUUUCCCCCCACUAUUAAAAAAUAAAUAAAUAAAUUCUCCCUGUUUAGUGUACUUUAUCACCUUUUAUUAUGUUUUACACCCUCUUGUUUGUCUCUUACAACUCUCCCCCCCCCUUGUGUAUCUUUCUUUCCCCAAACAAAUACAGACACACAGCCAAUGUCAUGCAUACACACUUUCAGACACUGUCAUACAGACACAGACAUACAAAGACAUUCAUACAGAGCAGGGGCAGGUUAAGAGCCUAAUAUCAGGAAUGGCAUUGGUAGUGGGUUGUAGUGGCUGUAAUUGAAAAGUUAGAGGAUGUAGUAGGGGGCAUGGGGCUGUACUGGGGGGAUAGUGGCUGAAGUAGGUUGGUGGCUACAAUUUUGGAAAGGAGCUGUGGUGUGGGUGAUAUGGGUUGCAAUUGGGAGAGUGGGGCUGUGGUGGUGAGGGGCUUGGGGAUAAGGGGACAGUGGUGGUGGGGGGCAUAAGUGGACAGGGGCUGUGGUGGGGCUGCUUAAACAGGUAGAUAAUUUAAUAAAAACAGCCCACCCCCCUCCCUGAGGCUUACCUUAGGCCAGGGAGGGGCGGCACAGAGUCUGGAGCCAGAACAGAGCAGCCAGGGAAGUCGGCCAGCCUCUUCUGAUGAUGUCAGGAGGAGGAGGAGGCAUGACUUCCCCUGCUCUUCUACCAAACUCCCCAGCUGUCCUGGGAGAAGAGCAGUGGAUGUCACUCCCCCUCCUGAAAUCAUCAGGAGAGGCCAGCCGACUUCCCUGGCUGCUCUGUUCUCGCUGGCUGCAGGGAGACAGGUAUUUUGAAAAAUCUGAGUCUCCAGCCAGAGGCAGGGGAUUCUGAUUUUUGCGCCCCCUUGCUCUGGCACUCUAAGGUAGCCACUUGUGCUGGCCCUGCCUGAUUGAUGAAGGGUGGAGUGGACUCUUAACCCCAAAGGUGUUACAGAGCAGAAGUCAUGGCAUCCCUAGGGCUUCAAUCAUUUUGUCUCAUUCUCCACUGACCACAAUCCAGAAUGCUGGAAAGGUACAAGAGAAAUAGGCACGUUACAUCACAUUUGGUGGUCUUAUCAUUCAACCAUUCUGUAAAGACCUUCAUGCAGUGAUAAUCACAAUUAAACAUAAAGAUUGUGUUCACCCCAUCGUUCUGUCUCUUACACUCCCUCCCUCUUUCAAUUUCUGCAUACCGAAUGUUGGUGCUUCCACACUGAAUCAACUCACCUCAAAGCCUCAUUCCCCUGUUCUGGAAGCGACAAGCAAUGCGCAAGAUCAGCUUGCACUCAGAGAAUCUAAGACUGUUCCAAACCAUGGAGGAAUUAAUAUUGUUGGCUGUGGACAAAUGCUAAAAUAACACUCUGUUCCACUGGACGUAGUGGCUGACCUCCAGGUGUGUGGGUGUCAGCCCAUUACUCUGAAAGGUGCCGUUGGACACAUUCCCACAUGUCUACAACAUGUAUAGAUUCAUAACUGUGGUGGUGGGGGAGGAGAUGUAUACAUGUUGUUUUUGUUUUUUCUCAUCCACUCUGCUUCCCUCCUUCCCUUCACUCUUUUCCAUUUCUGCUCACUUACCAUAUCUAAAUCCAUCCCCUAAAAUGUCCAUAUAAACAGAUUAUGUUCAGAUUUUUCUUUUCUUCUUAACAUCAUUUUAUUUAUGUGACUGAUCUGUACACCCUGUUCCAACAUCAAUGGGGGGUGGGGAUGGGGAAACUCAUAUCUACCUUUUUUAGAUGCACCUUGGGUCAGCCAGUGUUUGAAAACAGACAGCCUCUGUGGUCUUCCCUACUUUUUUCUUUUUUUUUUUUUUUCUUUUUUUUGCAGGGAGUCAAUAGAGAAGACCAGAAAGACUGUUUUGGUUUUUAAACACUGGGUUUUUAUUUCCUUUGCUGUGUGUGUGUGUGUGUGUGUGUGUGUGUGUGUGUCAACCCAUCACGCGCCCUUACUAGACUCUCCGCUCUUAUCACUACAAGGGCACCCGCUCACCAAGGCUAAAUUCACGGCACAUGUCAGAACACUACUAUCCAAACUUGGUUACAAUCCGGCUUCAUUCUCCGGGCACUCAUUCCGCAUAGGAGCCGCUUCAUCAGCCUCUAGCACAAACACCCCGGUCCACAUCAUCAAGAGACUGGGUCGUUGGAAAUCCUCCAUAUACCACGACUUCGUCAAGCUUUCAGGAACUUGGUUAUGUAAAAAAGGCAAUAAAGUGUGUAUUUUCCUCAAACUUCUCUUUUUGCCCUCUUUUAUUUACAGGCCCACUUGUACGUUGGUUUCGGCACAUCAAAACCAACUUUGCCCUUUCAGAUACUAUCCACUGCGUAUUAAAUUCCGAGUAUGUAUAUGUGUGUGUAUGUAUGUAUGUAUGUAUGUGUAUAUAUAUAUAUAUAUAUAUAUAUAUAUAUAUAUAUAUAUAUAUAUAUAUAUAUAUAUAUAUAUAUAUAUAUAUAUAUAUAUAUAUAUAUAUGAAAUAUUCAAGUACUUGCACUCCUGUGAUAAUAUAUUAAUGACUGGUGCUAAUAAAGCAAAUAACAUAAAAAAUAAAAUAGUAGGUAAUAGCACUCUAAGGACUUCAAAAGGUAUAUAGUGGGAAAAAAAACUUAGCUUUUAUUCAGCAGCUGCCACACAAAAUCGACGUUUCAGUUCUUAAUACAGAACUUUCAUCAGGAUCAGGAUAUAUAUAAUUUUUUCUUUUUUUUUUUUUUUUCUUUAACAACUUGAGGAAAGUUUGGAAGCAGUGUUGCGCCAAUCAGCCUCCCCAUGCAGAGCGUGGAGACUCUGAACGACUAGAAAACACCUCUACCACUUGAGGUGUUUAUAGGCAGCAAUAUUUACAUUGAAAAGCCUAUAGGAACAGGUUGUAGACAACAGAACACAUUAAGCUUUAGCGAUUUAUGGUGACUACAGUGUCCCUUUUUAAUAUGUGUUACUUGUGUAGUUGGAAAUAAAGAUUUGUUAGUUUAUAAAAACAAAAACUGGCUCCUAACUUGUUUAGCUGCCUCCUAGGGUCAAAGCAAAUUUGUCGAGACCUGGUCUAAUAACCUAGUCAGCCACAAUGUAGUGUGUAUAAAAUUAAAAAGACAAAUUACUGUUCUAUAAAGUACCCGGGUAACUGAUUUUAGUUUUCAGAGAUCUUAGUGUUACUUAUCAAACAGAUUAGAUAAUACAGAUACUAGGCAUCAUAAUAUAUUUGUUUUUCAAGCACUGUGUCCUUGAGAAGUGAACUUCCUCCUCUGAGAUUGCUAGGAAUGAGCAUGUGGUCACAGCAGUAGAGCAAUAUGGUGAUCAAUGAUCCUGUGCAAUCUGCAAUGAUUUAAUCUAUAGAACCAAUUAUGCUUUUGAGAUAAAAACUAUUAUAAUUUAUCAGUGUAAGAUUAAAAAUAAAUAUUGUUGUGUAGCAAUGACUGUGUACUGAAACUUUGGACUGUCGGGUUGAUGUCAAAUUCUCGUACAAUUCUGAUUCCUACAAAAAGUAAUUACCCAAAGCCAGCACUUCAGUCAUGGCUCAGAAACAAGGAUGUAGUGUUUGGAGUCUCUGUCCUAGUCUCACUAGUUGGUAUAGAGAAAAUAAAUGAACUUUGCAACACCAAGAAUUCACUUACUGCUUAUAUUUGUUGAGCCACACAAGUGAGAUUUUUGCUUUAAAACCUGUCUUUGUCAAGUCUUGAUUUAUGUCCAUCAUUUCAAUGUUGCUCUAUUGUGUUCUCAUCAAAAUCAAGAACAUAAAAUUAAAAAAGCAUUUCCAGUGCUGCCCCCUUCACUGGGUCAGGUUUAUAUUUCGUCUGUUCUAGGGCACCACUCACACUCACACAUUUGUGCAUUACAUCUUUUGCCCACUACGCAAAACAAAAAGCAAAUAUUAUAUUGAAACAUGUCCUUAAUGUGUGGGGAAAAUGGUAGGUGCCCCCCAAGUAGACAGGCACCUGUAGCCAAAUGCCAAUUGUUUUUGCAGCUCAGGUGACUUGAAAAUGCUUCUGGUUUGGCUAUUUUAACCCAAAUUUAAAAUUCUCACUUUAGUGAAUUACAUUUGUAAUGGAUGCUGACGCCAGACACUGUAUGCUUCGCAUAGAGAAAUGUUAAAGGGACACUAUAGUCACCUGAACAACUUCAGCUUAAUGAGGUUGUUCAGGUGAGAACUAUAGCUCCCUGCAUCCUUUCUCAUGUAAACACUGUAGUUUCUGAGAAAAUACAGUGUUUACAUUGGAAGCUAGGAACACCUCCAGUUGCAGUCACUCAGACUGCCACCACAGGGAGUUCCGAGUUCAUGAAUGCCUAAUUCGCUUUCAUCACGUUUUACGUCUUCACGCUUGGGCGAAGACAACAAACGUGCGCAGACAGGAGAUAGGAGGCGCGUUCACAGUGCCUUCUAUGUCCUGUAGUAACCCCGGAGCCUGUCAGCAAUGCGAGCCGACAGUGGGGAGAUAAGAUCUCCUGCACACAGCAUCGACUCGAGCUGAAGACCAGAGAGCGAGCAGAAGGAUCUAAACCGUAAGUAAACUUAUUUUGUGUGGGUGAGAGAGUAAGUGAGUGUGGGUAAGAAAUAGGUAGUAAUGGAUAGUGUGUGUGUAUGUUUAACAAAAUUUAUUUAAAAUGUGUGUUUGUAUACAAUCACUAGUUUAGGAGAGUUGCCGUAGGAGUGGGGUGGGCAUAGACAGUGAGCUGAGCUGUCAAUCCGCUCGCGAACACACAUACGGCGCACAUGCGUGGUAGAGCUCCAUGAAGAACCUGAUUGGUGCUGCACAUGCGCACCAGAGCUGAAUGAUGCUUCUCAAAGAGAAGCGUCCUAUUGGGGACUUGUCUUUCUUGCUUUUAUAUGUUGACUAUAGUGAUCCUUGAAAUUGACAGAUUGUCAAAUGUUGUGCUUUAGGGAUCGACGGAUUAUCGGACAAUAUUCUGUAUUUUUGGUAAUAUCGGUAUUUGGCAAAUGGAGAUACCGAUAAUACAUACCAGGACCACAGGGCCCAUAAAUCCCUCCCCUCCCCCCAUUUUACACAAAUUACAUACCUACAGAAACACAUACACUGCAUACCCUAUACACACUCUGCAUUAUAUAUAUAUAUAUAUAUAUAUAUAUAUAUAUAUAUUACACACUGCAUUCAUUUAUAUACACAAACACACACUACACAAACAUGCUCUGCAUCCACUACACACACGCUACACAAACACACACAGCUCACCUGUCUAAACACACUGCAUCCACCAAAUGUUGCAUGUAUAUUUUGUGCAUUUACCUUUAGAAAUAGUUUAUUUAUAUGGUUCUAUCCUACCCUUACGUUUUUGUGUCACUAAACCCCACUCCCUCUAGCAUAGUGAUGGGGAACCUAUGGCACACCGUGCCCUCUCUGUGGACACGCGGCCAUUGGUCGCCGGGGGAGGGGGCUGCUGGCUGUCUGCAGCAAUGCAGAGUAGGAACCUGCCUGCCCAAAACGGCAGGCGCCUACUCUGCUUCCAUGUCCGGAGGGCUCUAGGAAGCAGCUCUCCUGUUCUCCCGUGAGCAAUCUGUGUGGAGCGUUGCUGCACAUUACCAGCAUCGUGUGGGAGGAUAGAAGAGCAGCUUCGCACGCUUAUACUUAUCACCACCGGACCACCAGGGAUGGCUGUGUCCCCCUCCCUUCCUCUUACCUUUGGUGAAGGGGGGGGUAGGGGGUGGGACACACAGCCACCCACAGAUUUUAAUAUAACUUUUUUUUUUUGGUCUCUUCACCUCCACCACACACUCAGCGCCCCUCACACACACAGGCACGCAUACUCAGCGCCCCUCGCACACACACACAGCACUCCACACGUUACAUGAAACACAUACACUGCACCCCUCAAUGCAAUGUGUGUGUAUUCAGCAGUCUGUGUGUGUAUUCAGCAGUCUGUGUGUGAAUGUGUUCAGCAGUCUCCGUCUAUGUAUUGCAUUUGUUGGAGAUACUAAUACAUAUAAGCUUCAUUUUAUCUAUUUAUAUCAUUUAAAAUGUGUAUCAUUGAACUCUGUUGUGUUCUUUUAAAACAAAAGUUGUUAAUUAGUUCGGACAACUGUAAGAGUUUUUUUCUAAACUUAAACCUCAGUAUUCAAGUUUAAUUGCCAUGUUGGCACUUUGAGGGAAAAAAAGUUGGCAUGUAUUGCGGUUUGCAAAAUAGGGAUAAGGACUAGCGCUUCUUUCUCACAAUAUAUUGUACCAGCGUAUAUACAGUGAUUUUAUACAAAUGAGCAGCUAAACAUUCUUGUGACUCCUUCAAUGUCACCAAUUACUCCAACAAGAAAGAAAAAAAAAAAAAAAACAAUUCUUUAAAGAAUGUAGCGCUUAUAAGAUAGACAAAUGAAUUAUCACCUUUUUAUGUUCUUUCGGAAGAUAUAUUCUCAUUUAAAUGUCGAAUAAGUAAAUAUCUAAAAAUGAUAAUCAAGCAUAGUGUAGAUGGUACAUAACUAUAAAGUUAUAUUUGUAUAUGAUUAUUACACACUCACAAACAGAGAGCUAUGGACCCAGCUCUGGUUUGAAUCACUUCUGGGUCCGUAUAGGCGACCCACCCCUGCUAUGGAUGUAUGUCUUGUCCUAAAGGGGAAUAAAUACACCCAAAAUAGCGCAGCACAGUUGGUGGUAGUUUAAAAUAAAAAUACCAUUUAUACUUAUAAUUUAUGAUAUUAUAAGUAUAAAUUCUCCCCUAAAAUAAUUACUAAUACACAUAAAAAUAUAAAGUAAUUAUCAAUUCUUUACCUAACUAAACGGAUUUUAUGUAUUAUUAUUAUUAUUAUAAAGAAAGGUGAAUUAUAGUGGAGUAAGUAUUUAUAGUAUAUUUGGUGUUAUGUUCUGUAAAAUUUCUUUAACAUGGAAUAUAGAAUUUGCAAUGAUACAAUGAAUAUUGGAAAUGAAAUCACAUUGUAUAAUUUUAUGUAUCGGAAUCAGGUUUUAUUCAGGAAGAGGCAAAUAUGAUGUGAAAGAUGUAUCUGUUUGAUUUUGAUAUGAUACAUAUAUGAACAUUAAGGACUGAUACUGUUCGUUUUUUUUUGUUUUUUUUUUAAAUGUAUCUUUUUAUGGACUUUGGCAUUUUAUGAGUUAAUACAAUCCAUGCAGACUCCUCCAUAUACACGAGAUGGUGCAAGAUUGGAAUGCUUAAUUAAAUUCGUUUGCUGUUUUAAGAAGACUAUACAUGGAUUACAGCCACAAAUCCUAUAUAGGAGUAAUGCUUUUUGAUCUUGUAGAAACGAAGGCAGCUGCCGAAACUCCGAGUGAGAGAAUCCGUUCAGCUGCCUCCGAUCACAGUAUGACAACGAGGCAUGGACCGCACACGUCUAGCCUGUGGGUGGUAAUGACGUGUGCGGCACAUACACACCGGCAAAACAUUUGUUGAUUUGGAGCAGUAUUUAAAUGAAGACAGGGAACCAGGAAACAUUCAGCUCACCGAUCCGGUUGAAGAAGCCGCGUCCCAGUGGUGAAACGCGUUCCGGUUUUACUUGGACAUUGUUCCGAUUUUAAUUUAUAGAUUGUAUUAAUAAAUUUGUUCUUUUCUACUUUUUAUCCUGGUUCUCCAUCCAUCUUUCUACAUUUGGGAGUGCAGUCCCUAAUCUGCAUACUGCUCAAGAAUGGAGUCAAUUUAGACUCUCUCCGUUUGUAAGUACCCAUUUGGGAAUGGUAUUUUUAUUUUAAACUACCACCAACUGUGCUGCGCUAUUUUGGGUGUAUUUAUUCCUCUUUAGGACAAGACAUACAUCCAUAGCAGGGGUGGGUCGCCUGUACGGACCCAGAAGUGGAUUCAUACCAGAGCUGGGUCCAUAGCUCUCUGUUUGUGAGUGUGUAAUAAUCAUAUACAAAUAAUAUAACUUUAUAGUUAUGUACCAUCUACACUAUGUUUGAUUAUCUUUUUUAGAUAUUUACUUAUUCGACAUUUAAAUGAGAAUAUAUCUUCCGAAAGAACAUAAAAAGGUGAUAAUUCAUUUGUCUAUCUUAUAAGCGCUACAUUCUUUAAAGAAUAGUUUUUUUUUCUUGUUGAUGUAUUGCGGUUUGGGCAUUCGGGCUCAAAAAGGUUUGCCAUCACUGCUCUAGCAUAUAAGCUCAUUGAACAGGGCUCUUAGUCCAACUCGUCUGGUUACAAAUAUGUGUCUGUUAGUCCACUCAUUGUACAGCGCUGCGACAUUGGUUGGUGCUUUAUAAAUAAUAAUGAAAAAUCUCCCUCCUGCCCAAACUCCCUGUGCUGCAAGUAGGGGCAUGUCUACUAAAUAGUGAGCAGCCAAUUGCUCUCACCCCCUCUUUCCAAUAAAGGUGGAACUGCACGGUGGGGCAACUGUUAAAAUAAUUAAUGGGGCGGGAACAUAGUGUCCCCAUCCACCUGUGUCUUGCGAGUAGGGGCUAUUAACCCGAAAGGAGCACCUAGUGUCCCACCCAUUAGCGGUGGGUGGGGGCACUAAGUGAGAGGGGGGUAACCUAUUUUCAUCCUCCACACCCUACCUAUUGGCAGCGAGUGGGGGCCCUAAGUUAUAAGGGGAGAAACUUAUUGCCUGCCUGCUAGUGAGUGAGCUUUUUUGUAGGGAGCAUGUGUGUAUCAGUGAGGUUGUCAGUGAGCUUAUCAGUAGAGAGCAUGUGUGUCUAAAUGUCCUUGUGUGUCAGUGGGCAUUCCCUGUAGUGAGCGUCAGUGAGCUUGUCUGUAGGAAAAAAUGUUUUCAUAUGGAAAGACCAAUUGUUUAUAUUAGAAAAAGAAAUCUAUAUUCCGAAGAUCACUGGAAAGCUACCACCAGACAGCAUGCUAGCUGCAGUUAAUUAACCCCUUAGCGACCGAGGACGGUUCAGGACCGUCAUCGGCAUUUUUGCCUUGAGGACCGAUGACGGUCCUGAACCGUCCUAACGAUCUGGGGGUACUUACCUGAUCGCCGCCGGGGGAACGACGGCGAUCAGUGUUCCUCCGGUUGUGGGGAGACUGCCUGCAGCCCAGACAGUCUCCCCACACUGAUUUAGGACCCCUGUGGCCAUGUGAUCGCUUAACACAGCGAUCACAUGGUCACAAUAGGUGUCCAUAGUGCUGCCUGCAGGGGGACUGUCUGUGCUGACAGGCAGUCUCCCUGCUAGUGUAAAAUCAAAAAAAUAAAUAAAGUUAAUGUUAAUUAAAAAUAAAAAAAAUUAUAUUUGUGUAUAUAUGAUAUAUAGACAUAUAAUAUAUCUAUAUAAUAUGUCUAUAUAUCAUCUAUAUAAUGCCAUACUAAGUGUAUUUUUAUAUUAAUAUGUACUUAUAUUAAUAUAAAAAUACACUUAUAAUUAAAUUACACACGUAUAUAUAUAUAUAUAAUAUAUAUAAUAACUAUAUAUAUUGUAUAUAUAUAUUAUUAUAAAAUAUAAAUAAUAAGUAAUUUAAAUUAAAUUUUUUAAAUAAUAAAAAAUUUAAAAUUAUAUCUAUAUGAAAUUUUAUUCUAACUGUAUUUUAAAAUUAAUAUAUAUUUAUAUCAAAAUACACUUAGAAUGAAUUUGUAUAUAUAUCUAUGUAUAUAAAAAUAAGAAAUAUACAUACGUCCAUAUACAAAAUUACAUAAAUAAUUAUAUAAAUAUACACGUAGACUUCAAAUAUAUAAAUAUGCAUAUAUAUUUAAAUUCUACGUGCGUAUUUAUAUAAUAUUUUUACAUAAUUCAGUAAUUUUAUUGAUUGCAAUUUAAGGGACUUGCCUGCCAACCCAGGCCGAAAGUUCAGAGAAUUGAAUUUGCUAGCACUGUAUUUUACCCUGUAACAUUCUACGACACCCUAAAACCUGUACAUGGGGGGUACUGUUUGACUCGGGAAACUUCACUGAACACAAAUAUUAGUGAUUCAAAACAGUAAAACAUAUCACAGCGAUGAUAUUGUCAGUGAAAGUGACUUUUUUUGCAUUUUUCACACACAAACAGCACUUUUACUGAUUAUAUAAUUGUUGUGAUACAUUUUCCUGUUUUGUAAUACUAAUAUUUGUGUUCAGCAAAGUCUCCCGAGUAAAACAGUACCCCCCAUGUACAGGUUUUAUAGCAUUUUUGAAAGUUACAAGGUCAAAUAUAUGGGUCAAAUAUUUUUACAUUGAAAAUAGCCAGGUUGGUUACGUUGCCUUUGAGAGCGUAUGGUAGCCCAGGAAUGAGAAUUACCCCCAUGAUGGCAUACCAUUUGCAAAAGAAAACAACCCAAGGUAUUACAAAUGGGGUAUGUCCAGUCUUUUUUAGUGACCACUUGGUCACAAACACUGGCCAAAAUUAGCGUUCAAUUUAGUUUUUUUACUUUUUUCACACACAAACAAAUAUGAAUUCUUACUUUGGCCAGUGUUUUCAACUAAGUGGCUACUAAAAAAGACUGGACAUACCCCAUAUUGAAUACCCUGGGUUGUCUACUUUAAAAAAAAUAUGUACAUGUGGGGUGUUAUUCAGAGAUUUAUGACAGAUAAUAGUGUUACAAUGUCACUAUUGAUAAAUUUUAAAAAAUUUGUUUUGAAACCGCAAUAUCCUACUUGUACCUAUAGCCCUAUAACAUGCAAAAAAAAGCAAAAAAGCAUGUAAACACUGGGUAUUUUUAAACUCAGGACAAAAUUUUGAAUCUAUUUAGCAGUUUUUUUCAUUCGCUUUUGUAGAUGAGUAAAAGAUUUUUCAAGUAAAAGUCAAAAAACAUGUAUUUUUUUCAAUUUUUCAUCAUAUUUUUUUAUUUUUUUUAAAUUAAAAUACAUGAGAUUAUAUAAAUAAUGGUAUGUAAAGAAAGCCCCUUUUGUCCUGAAAAAAACAAUAUAUAAUUUGUAUGGGAACAGUAAAUGAGAGAGCGGAACAUUCCAGCCAAACACAAACACCACAAAAGUGUAAAAAUAUGCCUGGUCGCAAAUGUACAACAUCGCAAAAACAGUCCAGUCCUUAAGGGGUUAAGCAUUGUCCACAAUAACAACCUGCACGAUCACAGAGACCAACAGGCUCAUAUAUGCCACAGCAUUAGUGGUCCUCCAGCUACUUGACUACAAGAUCAGGCUCAAAGAGAAGCAAUGCCCACCAUGGAGACUACAACUGGAAGCCAAGAUAAAAGCAACACAGAAGGAAGUUGGUAAGCUGGAUCCACUUAACAGAGGUGGAAAGAUCAAAGCUAGAUUCUGGCUGCUGUGGAAGUAGGAUAUGCCCAUACCAGAGCGCUGGAAACAACUAAGCAAAGACUGACCUUUGCUUAGUUGUUUCCUGCGCUCUGGUAUGGGCAUAUCCUUCUACUUCCACAGCAGCCAGAAUCUAUACUGGCAACCAGACUGAGCAGAUACACCAGAGAAGCAGAGGCUUAAGGAAUCAAUGCCCUCUUUACCAAAGAACCAUCGAAGCUGUAUGCACAGCUACAGGGUAAGCACCCCAUCUCCUCACAAGACCCACCCAGAGCUAAGACUGAACAGUACUGGAAGAAUAUCUGAGCGAAAGAAGCAUCUCAUAACACCGAGGCCCAGUGGCUACUAGACCUUAAAGCAGACCACUGCAUGCUGCUAGAACAGGAACCAGUUGCCAUCACAGUUGAAGAUAUCCAACAGAGAACCGCACACAUGAAGAAUUGGUCAGCCCCAGGACCUGACAUGACCCACAACUACUGGAUAAAGAAGUUAACAGCGCUGCAUGAACGCCCAGCAGCACAAAUUAACCAGCUACUAGCAACAGGCUGCCACCCUGACUGGCUAACACAAGGCAGAACAAUACUGGUCAUGAAGGACCCUCACAAGGGAACAACACCAUGCAACUACUGACCAAUAACCUGCCUCCUCACAACAUGGAAUAUCCUGUCAGGCAUCGUAGCCUCCAAGAUUCAAGGGCAACACCAGAGGAUCAAAACACCAACUACUGGUAGACAAAGCAGUCACGCGGGAUUCUAAGACCAGACAGAUGAAUCUGUGCACGACCUGGAUUGACUAUGUCAGGUUUUUGAUCAGGUCACAUAAGACUUACACCGGGGUUAACUUUAGGUUCUUUAUUGGCAAUCUUCGGCAUGGCUUUUCUUGUAAUAAGUACAACAGGACUUAAAGGGAAGUGGAAAUAAUAUAGAGGAAUAAGAGUAGAAAGGAGAAUACAAAAUAGAGGGUAAGGAAACAAGCCCAAAACAGGUCAUUUAGGAAAUAAAGCCAAGUAAAGGACCACUAUAGUGCCAGGAAAACAUACUCGUUUUCCUGGCACUAUAGUGCCCUGAGGGUGCCCCCACCCUCAGGGUCCCCCUCCCGCCCGGCUCUGGAAAGGGGUUAAAACUUACCUUUUUCCAGCGCCGGGCGGAGAGUUCUCCUCCCCGUCGGCUGAAUUCGCACGCGUGGCAAGAGCUGCGCGCGCAUUCAGCCGGUCACAUAGGAAAGCAUUCAUAGUGAGAAGCACGCAAGCGCCUCUAGCAGCUGUCAAUGAGACAGCUGCUAGAGGAAAUAGGGGAAGGCUUAACCCAUUCAUAAACAUAGCAGUUUCUCUGAAACUGCUAUGUUUUAAAAAAAUGGGUUAACCCUAGCUGGCCCAGGCACCCAGACCACCUCAUUAAGCUGAAGUGGUCUGGGUGCCUAGAGUGGUCCUUUAAGGAAAAUAUAGGACAAUGGGAGAAAGCAGAACCUAUAAGCGAGAUAUAGGUAAGUAUAAAGAGAGAUAACAGAAAUAGUGUUUAGGCAAUAUGCCCCAGGCAGGUUAUUAGGUAACAGGGAAACCUAUAAGUGAGAUUAUAGGUAAUUAAAGUGAUGGAAUACCUAUAAAUUAAAACAUAGGUUACAUGUAAACAAAAUAUACCUAGACCGAAUUUAACAGAAUAGAAAGGUUUAAGAAAUACAGAUUAGUUAGACGUUUAGGUGAUCAGCCUCUUUGGUUUGGUUGAAGUUCUGCAGCUUUUAGAUGUAACAGGAUCAUUUAGGAUAGUUGCAAAUAACAGGAAUGUUUAUAUUAUCCAUGUUGGUUGUGUAGAUUUAGGUAGAUUUAAGGCAGACUCAAAACAAAGUAAUACGGUAUCAAAUUCAAGUAUGGAAUUAAGCAGGUAGGUAUUGUAGAUCAGGUUUGUCCCCAAGCUUAUUGGUAGUAAGCAGAUUGGAAAUGUAGCAGGUUGAUCGGCUAAAUCAGGUUGGGUUCAAUGUUAUUCAGAGUAGAGCAGGUUUUCUCAGUAGAAGCCAGGAUCAGAACAUCAACUUCAAUGAAUGUAAAGACCAUUUGUUCAGCAGGGUGUGGCCUCUUAUAGCAGAUUUAGUAAUCAUGCUAUGCAGGCGAGAGAAACUGUGGUUAGACGUGUGGGUAGGGAAAUUGUAGAAAUCAAACAGAAAAAAUGAAACCUAACUUUGGUUGUCAGGCUAGGAUCCUGACAGACUACAAGAAAGCCUAUGACACAAUGCCACACACAUGGAUACUGGAAUGCUUGGCUCUCUACAAGGUCAUCAAUACAAUAAGAGCCUUCAUCAAGAACUCGAUGGGCAAGUGGAAAUCAACUCUAGAAGCCAAUUCCAGGACAAUAACUCAAAUGAACAUUAAAUGGGGCAUAUACCAAGGUGAUGUGCUAUCCCCAAUGGUGUUCUGCAUAGGCCUCAACACCCUUAGCCAGAUUAUCAAGAGUGGAUAUGGAUACGGAUACAGGUUUAAGAGUCGAGUUACCAUCAGCAACCUACUUUUCAUGGACAACAUCAAGCUGUUUGCCAAGAAUGAGUGUGACAUUGACUCACUGAUCCACCUAACUAGGAUAUACAGCAAGGACAUCCGAAUGUCAUUCGGACUAGAGAAGUGCGGGCGGAUGAUGGCAAAAAGAGGGAAGAUGAUCAGGAUAGGAGGAGUUGAAGUUCCAGAAGGCCAAAUAGAAAAGAACAGCUACAAGUACCUGGGGGUAGAGAACAGCUACAAGUACCUGGGGGUACCACAAACGCAUGGCAACCAUGAGGAGGAGGUAAGGAGGAUAGCUACAUCCAAGUACCUCCAAAAAGUUAGUUCCUGAAGUCCCAGCCAUCAACACAUAUGCCCUAGCGGUCAUCAGGUACCCAGCUGGAAUAAUAACCUGGCCAAGAGAAGAACUGGUCACCAUGGAUGUCAAGACUAGGAAACUACGCACUAUAAAUGGAGGAUUCCAACUGAAAUCUAGCACCCAGACUGUACACCUGCCGGAAGGAAGGAGGUCAGGGCCUGAUGAGUGUCAAGGCCACAGUCCUGGAUGAAACACAGAGCAUCCACAAGUACAUCGCAAAGAUGGUUCCCGAAGAUGAACUGCUAAGGUAAUGCCUGAGACUUCAACAGAUAGAGGAGGUUCCUUGGCAAGACAAACCUCUACCACUGGCAGAUAGUGGAUGUGGCUUACAUGACAAAAUCAUACCAAUGGUUGGAAAAGGCAGGAAUGAAAGACGGCACUGAGGCACUAAUCCUCGCAGCACAGGAAAAGGCCCUCAGCACCAGAUCAAUAGAAGCUGGAGUCUACCACACCAGGCAAGGCCCUAGGUGCAGACUGUGCAAAGAGGCCCCUAAGACAGUCCAGGACCUAGCAGCCGGAUGCAAGAUGUUAGCAGGAACUGCAUACACGGAGAGACAGAACCAAGCUGCUGGGAUUUUGUAUCGAAACAUCUGCACAGAAUAUGGAUUAGACCUUCCUAAGUCCAGAUGGGAGAUACCACAAAGGGUAGUUGAGAAUGACAGGGCUAAGAUCCUGUGGGACUUCAAGAUCCAGACAGACAAGCAAGUGCUGGCCAACCAACCUGACAUUGUGGUGGUAGACAAGCAACGGAAGACUGCAGUCGUGGUGGAUGUGGCAAUACCCAGUGACUAUAACAUCAGGAAGAAUGAACAUGAGAAGGUGGAGAAAUACCAAGGACUGAAAGAAGAACAAGAAAGGAUGUGGAAAAUGAAGGCAGUAGUAGUCCCAGUUGUGAUAGGAGCACUCUGGGCUGUGACUCCUAAGUUGGGGGAGUGGCUUCAACAGAUUCCAGGUGGGACAUCUGAGAUCCAGAAGAGUGCAGUUCUAGGAACAACUAAGAUACUGCGCAGAACCCUCAAACUCCCAGGCCUCUGGUAGAGGACCCAAGAAUGAGGAAUAAACAUACCACCUAAGACGGAUGAGAAAAUCCAUUAUUUAUGUUUGUGUGUUUGAGUAAUAUAUAAAUCAUCUGGGGUGGCAAGACAUAGCCUUACAUAUUACAUGUGAUAAUACAUGGCACAAUGACUUAUGGGGCUGGCACAUUCAAGUAAUUCAGCUGGCGUGCACUACAAUCAGAUAAAACAGUGUUUUUAUACUUUUUAAAGAUGUCCCAGUAAUGUGUCUAAACCAAUCCAAGUCUCUUCACGUUCUCAAACUCUGAGUUUCUUUAUCUCGGCCUCGCAGUACUUGGGUGGCUGAAUUUGCAUUUGAGAGUUAAAGGACCAUUAUAGGCACCCAGACCACUUCAGCUUAAUGAAGUGGUCUGGGUGCCAGGUCCAGCUAGGGUUAACCCCCUUUUUUUUUUUCUAUAAACCUAGCAGUUUCAGAGAAACAUGGCACAAUGUUUCAGAGAAACUGCUAUGUUUAUAUUAGGGUUAAUCCAACCUCUAGUGGCUGUCUCAUUGACAGCUGCUAGAGGCGCUUGCGUGAUUCUCACUGUGAAAAUCAAAGUGAGAGCACGCAAGCGUCCAUAGGAAAGCAUUGUAAAUGCUUUCCUAUGAGACCGGCUGAAUGCGCACGCAGCUCUCCCCAGAGCCGGGCAGGAGGGGGACCCUGAGGGUGGGGGCACCCUCAGGGCACUAUAGUGCCAGGAAAACAAGUUUUCCUGGCACUAUAGUGGUCCUUUAAUGCCCUGAGGGUGCCCCCACCCUCAGGGUCCCCCUCUCGCCCGGCACUGGGGAGAGGAAAGGGGUAAAAACUUACCUUUUUCCAGCGCUGGGCCGGGAGCUCUCCUCCUCCGUUCCUCCCAUUCGGCUGAAUGCGCAUGCGCGGCAAGAGCUGCGUGCGCAUUCAGCCGGUCUCAUAGGAAAGCAUUUACAAUGCUUUCCUAUGGACGCUUGCGUGCUCUCACUGUGAUUUUUUUUUUUUUUUCACAGUGAGAAUCACGCAAGCGCCUCUAGCAGCUGUCAAUGAGACAGCCGCUAGAGGAAUUGGAGGAAGGAUUAACCCAUUUGUAAACAUAGCAGUUUCUCUAUAAAAAAAAAAAAUGGGUUAACCCUAGCUGGACCUGACACCCAGACCACUUCAUUAAGCUGAAGUUGUCUGGGUGCCUAGAGUGGUCCUUUAAGCAAUGAGAGUAUCUGCCUUUUUGCUGCAACGAGAAACACAAAUUACUAACAAUUUCCAGGCAAUUAAGCACAUCAAAAUCAAUCCUAUCACCACCACUAUGGGUUUUAAGAAAUUUGAAAGCAUAUUGUUAAACCAAACACCAAUAGAUGCCAUCCAGGAGAAGGGGUUCCAUCCUUCUUUAGAUAUAUAUCUAGCUUGUUGUUGCAACUGUUAUACUUUAUUCAUGUGUGCCUCUAUGGGGUCAUGGGAGUCCUCAACCCAGGUACAGCAUUCUGAUCCUAUGAUAGCACAAGUUCCCCCUUCUAUAGCUAGAAGAUAAUAAAGAGCCAUUCUGUUCUGUAGGGCAACUUUUCUGACUUGGGCUAAUUCUUCAUUUAGGGCAUGGAUAGAACUUGUAAUUUCAUUAAUAAUCCCAUCCAUGAUACUAGCAUAUUUAUUUAUCUUAUUUAAUAAUUCGACUACCCAACCUGUUCAAGAGGGGAACCACAUCCAGGUUUUAUCUGCAGAUGAGAAUAGUUCUCGUUUAUACCUGGUUCCCCCUUGGUAUAUUUCAAACAAUGAGAUAUUUAAGCGUGGUCUAAUGGCUGGUACAACUCUUCCUAUGGUACAGUUACCUCAUGCUACCAUGGGAAGCCAUGAGUAGGCCUUAUUGCCACAAAUGUAAUAGAGUCCUUGUCUCAAAUCCCUUGGAAUUAUCUUACCAUGAUUUUCCAGCCACUUUUGAAACUAUACCAUAUUGUGGUGCACAUGACUUUGAGAGCUUUACUCAUCCUCGUCUGUUUGUUCAGGGCAAGCACACCUCGGGGCACACACAACUUUCAAUGUUGGGCAAAAACAUAAGUUGUUACAACCUGCAUCUACCAUAUCACAUGGUUCCAUUUUAAAUUUUAAGGUAGCAUUUCUACAAUCUGUUUCACCCAACAUGGACCUUAGGUAAACUGGCAAAGUGACCUUUUAUUUUUGCUAUGUGAUUUACAUACAUGGGCCCUAGAUAUAUUGUAGGUGGAGAGAUUAUACCAGCAAUUUCUAAAUAUGUCCCUUGAUCUGAGAGAGCAUUAUGAGUAGAGUGAUCUACAUCUAUUUGAACUAGGGAUCGACCGAUAUUGAGUUUUUUUUUUUUUUAUUAUUUUUUUUUUAGCGCCGCUACCCUGUGAACUUUCAGGCCGAUAGCCAAUAUGUUGCCGAUAUUCUGUACAUAUACUAUUUUGAAGAAAAAAAAACUAAUUCAAAAGGUAAAUGCACAAAAUAUACAUGCCACAUGUAGUGGAUGAAGUGUGUUUAGACAGGGGAGCUGUGUGUGUUGAUGCAGAGUGUGUUUGUGUAGUGUGUGUGUAGAUAAUGUAGUGUGUGUAAUGCAGUUUGUGUAGUGUGUGUAGUGUGUGUAUGUAAUGCAGUGUGUGUGUGUGUUUGUGUAGUGAUAUAAUUUGUGUAAAAUGGGGGGGGGUCAUUUUUUUUUUAUUUUUUUUUAAAUAUUUAAAUGUGUUUUUUUUUGUUUGUUUUUUGUCCCCCCUCCCUGCUUCUUACCAGGGAGGGGGGGUUAUAGUAUUCCCUGGUGGUCCAGUGGCUUGUUAAGUACAGUGGUGGCUCAGUAGCAGCAAGCGCUGACUUACCUUGCAAGCAGCUCCUCCAGCUCCCUGUGUAAAUCUCGCGACUCUUAGUGCCGCGCGGAGCGUUGCCGUGGUAACCCAUGGCAACGCUCUGCGGCCGCGGGUCUCGCAAGAUUUACACAAGGAGCUGCUUGCAAGGUAAGUCAGAGCUUGCUGCUGGCCCCCCACAGGACCGCCGGGCUUGUAAUGCGCCCGGUGGUCCUGUUAUACAUUAUCGGCAAUAUCGGUAUCUGAAUUGGCCAAUUGGCCUGUAUAUAAUGCAGUGUGUUUGUGUAGUGUGUGUGUAUAUAAUGCAGUGUGUGUGUGUUUUUGUGUGUAUAUAAUGCAGUGUGUGUGUUUGUGUAGUGUGUAUGUAAUGCAGUGUGUUUGUGUAGUGUGUGUGUGUAUAUAAUGCAGUGUGUGUUUUGUGUGUAUGUAAUGUAGUGUGUGUGUGUGUGUGUGUGUAGUGUGUUUGUGUAGUGAUGAUGUAAUUUGUGUAAAAUGGGGGGGCAUUUUUUUUUAAUUUUAAUAUUUUUUUAAAUAUUGAAUUUUUUUUUGUUUGUUUAGUCCCCCCUCCCUGCUUCUUACCAGGGAGGGGGGUUAUAGUAUUCCCUGGUGGUCCAGUGGCUUGUUAAGUACAGUGGUGGCUCAGCAGCAGCAAGCGCUGACUUACCUUGCAAGCAGCUCCUCCAGCUCCCUGUGUAAAUCUCGCGACUCUUAGUGCCGCGUGGGGCGUUGCCAUGGUAACCCAUGGCAACGCUCUGCGGCCGCGGGUCUUGCAAGAUUUACACAAGGAGCUGCUUGCAAGGUAAGUCAGAGCUUUCUGCUGGGCCCCCCACAGGACUGCCGGGCUUGUAAUGGGCCCGGCGGUCCUUUUAUAUGUUAUCGGCAAUAUCGGUAUCUGAAUUGGCCAAUACCGAUAUUGCCGAAAAUACCAAAUAUCGGCCGAUAAUAUCGCCCAGAACGAUAAUCGGUCGAUCCCUAAUUUGAACCUCAUAACUAUAAUCAGUUAAAUUCAAAUCAUUCAUUGAUAUUGGUACACCAAUUAAAGGGAUUCCUUUGAGUGGCAGGAAUAUGGGAAAAUAUCCAGCAGUCGGUAGCAUUCAGCUGCUUGGCAGUUUGUUGAUGUAGAAGCCAGAUGGAAUUUGUCUGCUUCCUGCCGUCCACUUGUGCAUGAGGGUAUAAAACACAGAAAAACAAGCAGGCCAGUACGCGUUUUGACAGUUUGUUAAUCCUUUUUGUCCCCAGUGGCCUUGAACACAGGUUUUUAUCACUAGCCUGGAAAUCUACUAGCUUACAGUGUAAGGUGUGUAUCCAGUUUGGUUUCCCUUCCACCUUGACUGAGGUGGGUGUGGUCAGUAAUACCUGGUAUGGGCCAUCAAAUCGGGGCUCUAAAUGUCUCCUCAUGUAUCUCCUUAUCACCACCCAGUCUCCAGGGUGCAGGUGGUGAGUUCCGGUUCUUUCUUCUGGAUCUGGUAAUGAAGAGAGCACUUUUCCAUGCAAUUUAGUCAGUUGCUUGUGCAGCUGGACAACAUAGUCAGUUAAAGAAGCGUACUGUCCAUGUAAUUCUUGUGGAAAGAAAAGGCCUGUCAGUGGUGUUCUGCCAAACAAAAUCUCAAAUGGCUAAAGGCCAUGUUUUCCCUUUGGGGUGUGUCAGACUUUACAAGAUGUUUAAUUUCUACCUUUGUCAUUUUGCCUGGAUUGUAUUAUGCACAGAUCAUGCAUUUCUUACACCACUCAGUUGCAAAUUGUGAGAAACCUGGUGCAAAACCAAAAUUUAUUGACACUCUCAAUCAUUCCCCCUAUGGAAACAUGGGAAGGGAGAUUAUUAUUAUUAUUAUUAUUAUUAUUAUUAUUAUUAUUGCCAUUUAUAUAGCGGCAACAGAUUCCGUAGCGCUUUACAAUAUUAUGAGAGGGGGAUUUAACUAUAAAUUACAAAUAAACUUGCGGGAACAAUAGGUUGAAGAGGACCCUGCUCAAUCGAGCUUACAUUCUAUAGGCGGUGGGGUGUAAAACACAUUAGGACAGGAAUUUGCAGUCAAAUAAGGUGGGCUGCCCUUUAGGGGAGAGCAAGAGACGGGUAUGUGAGGUUACUCUGGGAGGCCAUAAACUUUCCUAAAGAGAUGGGUUUUAAGGGCCUUGUUAAAAGAUGCAAGACUAGGGGAAGAGUCUGAUGGCGGUAGGCAGGCUAUUACAUAGGAAGGGAGCUGCCCGCGAGAAGUCCUGCAAGCGUGAGUUGGCCGUACGGGUGCGUACAACGGACAGGAGGUGGUCACGGGCAGAGCGGAGAGACCGAGAAGGGACAUACCUAUGGAUCUGUGAGGAGAUAUAAGAGGGGCUAGCGUUCAGUGCUUUAUAGGUGUGGAUUAGUACUUUGAAUUGACUCCUGUAGCAUACAGGAAGCCAAUGUAAGGACUGACAGAGGGGUGAGGUGUGAGAGAAACGACUAGAGAGGAAAAUCAGUACGGCUUUUGGGAAGAUCAAUCAGGAGAGGGUUACAAUAAUCCAUGCAGGAAAUUACUAGCGCAUGGACAAGCUCCUUGGUUGUAUUUGGUGCAAGAAAGGGGCGGAUGUGGGCUAUGUUUUUAAGAUGGAAUCUACAGGAUUUGGCAACAUGCUGGAUGUGAGGCUCAAAGGUGAGGCCAGAAUAAAGUAUGACGCCAAGACAGCGUGCUUGCAAGGAUGGACUGAUGUGGGUGUGGCGGAACCAACCUCGCCACUAUGCACUGGAGAAGCCUGGUUGCCAGCCUCCUGCCAUGUGACUAUGGCCCCUGGGAUGUAUUGCCCUUUAAAGACAUGAUUUGGGCAUAAUGGAUUUGUGUUGUGCUGCUGCUGGCCCUUUUAAGAACCAUCUGUGGACAUACUGUGGAGUUACUGGGUGGCCACCAUUUCCUGUAUCAGAAGCACAUGGUGAGAACAAUGGAUGGCGGCCAUUUUAACUCCCAGACACUGUUUGGACUUUUCAACACGGUGCCAUCUCGCCAGUAUUUGGUGCACAGAGACAUCGUGCGGUGGUUUUGGACUAUACAGCAGGGGACACAUUAUACAGUGAUUGUUUUUCAUUUAGCCUGUAUAUAUUCUGCAGAAUCUGCAUUAAACUGUAUUUUCCAAAGUACUGAACGGAUCUGGGUGAAUUUUGGAUAUGUGGAUCACCCAGAUCCCCCAGUUCCAAGGAUAUACUUUAUUUUUAUGGGGUUAUUGCAUGUUUUGGGGUCCCUGUGAUGUGUUUUAUGAAACUGUAUUUCUCUGGCUGUGAUAAUUAGAUUACCCAUUGUGUUCAGUAAUCAUAUCACAGCCAGAGGGGAGGAUUUUGUGUGGGAGUGUCUGGGUGUAUUGUAUGGAUUGAUUGGCUGUUUUGUAACGCCCUGUGGGCUGUACUAUGUUUGUGGAUUGGGAAUAAAAGAGACUGUAUGUGACAGUACAGGGAGUUCCUGUUUUAACCCUCAAAGUGAAGUGUCGUCUCAUUAUUGGGGGAAGGAUUUAUUGUAUGCUGUUCCAGUUUGACUGCUAGGAGAGUAAACCUAUUCGUAUGGUUCCUAUUCAACUGUCUACAGCAUUCAUAUGCUUGGGAGAAUUUAUUUGUUUCUCCGAUUUGGUGAUUGUGGUGUCUGCCAGAGUGCUUGGAGUCCUCAGGAAGCGCUAGGAGCAUCCUUUAACGGAGGUACCCAGUCGGGGUCCAGGCGAUCCGUUACAGUGGGUACCACAAACUUGAAGGGAGAGCGAAAGAGGAGGAUCAGUAUUAGGAGGAGGAAAGACAAGGAGCUCAGUUUUAGAGAAAUGAGAGAAACUGUCUAGAACAGGAUAUAGAACUGGGGGUGCACACAAUCGACCAUCCCCAUGUUUCCAAACAUCAUUCUCCAGCUUGCAACCAGCAUUUUUCCACUUGCUCUGAGUUGGGAACCUGUUUGGUUUUGGAGGGUCUUUAAGACAUCCAUUGUCAAAGUUGAGACAUGUUUGGUAUCCAUUGUCUGCAAUACCCAACCAAUCCCAAAAAGGCUCUGAUCUGUUUGGCAUUUUGUGGGUAUGGUGCCUUCUGUAUCACAGAGACCCUAUCUGCAGUGAUGUGUUUAGAGCCCUGUGAUAUGCAAUGGCCUAGGAAAAUGACUUUUUCCUGGGGGAAACCUUGCAUCCCUCAGUGCUCAAGUGGGAAAGUUGUGAAACAGUUGCACUGGUGCACAGCUCCCUGAGGUGGCUGCCAGCAGGAUAUCAUCAACAUACUGCACAACAGUCACCCCAAUGGAUGCAUGCCACCUGUCUAGGACUUGCUUCAUGAUUUGACCAAAUUCAGAUGGUGAAGAGACCUUUCCCUGUGGCAACCUUGUCCAAGCAUACUGCUGUCCCUCAAAUGUAAAGGCAAACAGGUACUGAGAGUCGGGAUGUACAGGGACACAAAAGAAAGCGUCUACCAACUCUAUCACACUGAACCAGGAGGCAUUCAAAGAAAUUUCUCCUAGAAUAGUGUGGGGAUUUGGACCAAGUGGGGAAUCCUCUCAAAUUACUUUAUUUACUGCCCGCAAAUCAUGAACCAGGCGGAACUGUCCUGGUCUCCUAGGCUUAGCCACAGGAUAUAAGGGUGUAUUUACAGGUGAUUUUGUGGGAAUCUGGAUCCCCUGGUUCACAAAAAAUGUGAUUUGGUCUAUUACACCAUUUAAUUGUUUCAUGCUGAGGGGAUACUGAGGAAUCCUGGGCAAUUUAGCCCCAGGUCUGAGCUUAAUGACCACUGGGUGUGCUUGUUUUAUCAGGUCCACUGGACCACCUUUUAUAGUCCAAACAUCUGGGGGGACAUCCUCCAGGUCAGGUGGAAUAUUCUGCUCUGGAAGGAUGUGCACUGCCAUUAGGGGGAUCAAACUCUCUAAUGUGUUGUGGUCUUCUGAUCCCACUAAUGUAGUGACAACUGGUCCAUCCUUUGUUUAUUAGAUGUUCGCGUUUAGUUUCAUCAGUGCAUCUCUUCCCAGCAAAUUGCAGGGGACAGUGUCACCAAGGACAAAGGAGAGGGAGGUCUCAACUGGACCUAUAGUCACAGGAGUCUCUACAGUCUACUUCAGCAUGAUAGUUUUACCUGCUAGUCCUAUAGCAUCAAUUUGUCCAGAAAUUUUCAAAUUUUGGGCUUCUGAUAUUUUGAGAACACUGCGGGCUGCUCCAGUGUCCACCAGGCACUCCCCAGAAUGGUAUGGCAUGUCAGAGAGGGUCAGGCGAACAAAGGCAUCAUGUCCUCUGCUCUCAGAGAUGACUGGUAGCACUGGAAACACUGCCCGUCAAUCGCUCUCCUGUCUCCCCCGCUUUGGGGCUGUGCAGUCCCUUGCAAAAUGACCCAGUUUGUCACAGUUAUAGCAUUUAACUUUUCUGGGUUCCCCUCUGUUUGUUCCUCUGAACUGCUUCUAUUGAGGUUUCCCAGGGGCACUGACUAGCAUUACCCUCUGGCCUUUCUUUUCCUGCACUUCCUCAAUGUUUCUUUGUAUUGAGCUUGCUAGGCUCAUUAGUGCUGGGACUGACUUGUCUCUCCGAUCAGAAUUGGCAGAAACUAAUUUGUCAUGGAUAUAUCUUUAUUCAGUCCAGACACCAAUGUGGCAGUGAGCAUCUUACCCAUACUUUGGUCUUCAAGGUUACCUCCUGCCUCUUCCACAGUCUGCCUAAAUCUUUCAAAGUAGUCUUCCACUGGUUCUUUAGCCUUUUGUUGGAUAUUUGUCACCCGGACCCAAGACUGUGGAGGGAAUACCUCCGUAAUCUUAUUCUUGAGUUGGUUGACAUAUUCCAAUGCCCUACGUGGGGUAUUCUCUACCUCUGAUGGAUUAAGUGGCAAGCUAAGUUUAGUACAGAUGGCAGCUGUGUCUUUGCUUACCUCCUCAGUCUAUUUUGGGAGUGAUUAUUAGUUCUCCUUCCACUCCACAAAAUACUUUUUCUCCCCUCGGGGCACAUAGAUCAACAUAUAGGGGGGGGUGGGAGAUUCAAUCCUCCGUGGGGCAUGUUAUGGUUGGGCCAACAGGAGUUUUGAAUUGGCCCCUAGGUCUCUCAGGGUCUCUGUAUUGUCCAUGGCAUGCUCCACUAGAGAGAUUGCAAGCUGCUCUAUCUGUUCUGCCUCUUCCCUUUCUGACUCAGACUGACUCUCCUCCCUCUGCUGGUCUGUUCUUACGGAUGCUGUCUUAGUCUCUACAGUAAAAAUGCCUUGGGCCUUUUGCUGUCUGAUAGGAUUCUACAGUCCAUCUACUCCAAGCUGCUUUCUCAUUUGGUUCUACUAAUUUUUGUUUGAAAUUUUUGUAUAGAUUCUCCCAGCGGGGUAAUUCAAAGGUUCCCCAUUUGGGAAUUCCAAAAUCCAUUCCCUUAGUCAGCUUGCUCCACUUCGGCAGAUGCCAGCUGACCCACAUGCCAUAUUUUUUAUUCAUACUCUCCUGUGGGAUAGGAGGACUCUUUGGACGUCCUUUACUUGAGGGUGACGCAGUAUCACCUUGCUAAGAUCGUUUCCCAUAGCCCGGCUAUGAUGGAGGGGACUCUUACCCUUCUCUCUCGAUUCUUAGCAACAUUUUGGUUGUGGCUGUCAGGGAAAUUCCCACACUACAAAUCGCCGCUUUUGAUCUCUACAAAUUUUCCAACAGAACCAAAUGAUAAACAGCAGGUAGACUAUCCCAAAAAGUAUCUGGCCUCUUAUAUCAUCAAAUGCGAAGGCGCUUGACUUAAGUCUGAUUAUUCAUGGGAGACCAGACUGGUACAUGCCCUUUAGUAUGGGAGAGUACAGGCUCAAACCCGCGUGACCAGGGUAGUUUAGAAACAAAGCUGAGAGGUAAUCAAAGAUCAGGGGUUCGCUCUCUGGGAGUAGCUCUGUACCCAAUAGCUGCAGUGGACUGAAGCCGAAUUUAACAGACGGUGUCCAAUGGCUGAGCACAGGGUGUACCCAGAUACUUUGCACUUACAGACCAAGGUACACUUAGUAAGAAACACUGCAUCAACCCACACUUAACCUUCUCUGAUUUUUGUCCCUUUGCUGUGCAGACUAUGGUUAGUUACAGUUUACUUGACAAGCACAGAGAGAUAGAAAACAUUUGUGUCUGAGGACGAUAGGGUCCUCUUACUUAGCACAUCACUGCCCCCACUGGCUCUCUCCGUAGAGGUGCGUAUUGAGGCAGUCCAAUCAUACACCGUAAAAGACCUCUUGCAUACUGAUUUGUUGGGUUUUAUGCACCAGUAUCCUCACUCACUCACACAUUCAUAACAAAAGAUGUUAAAACAUAAAACAGUUGUUUCAGGUUCUUGGAAGGUUUGUACUUACGACAGGGGACAGAGGGUUUAGGAAUCAGAGGAAGGGAGAGGAAUUGCGACACCAAGGUUCUCACCUAUUGGAGGCGCCGGUUGGUCUACUGUGCUCCAUUUCCAGACCUUGAUUCCGUCCGCUAAUUGCUUUCACCUUCCGAGGUUCGGCACCAAAAUGUUGAAGAAAAUAAGGCACGUGAAACAACUGGUCCAAAUUAAAAAGAUUAUUAUUAUUGAACAAUGAAGCAGGAUUACAAAACAAAGUGAAAAGAGUUUUAGCACUUUCAAGUAAUUCAGCUGGCGUGCACUACAAUCAGAUAAAAGUGUUUUUAAACUUUUUGAAGAUGUCCCAGUAAUGUGUUUUAACCAAUCCAAGUCUCUGCACGUUCUCCAACUCUGAGUUUCUUUAUCUCUGCCUCUCAGGUCUUGGGUGGCUGAAUUUGCAUUUGAGUUAAUUUUUGCACGCAAACAGAAUAGAUGAACAAAGCAGAUGUGGCUUUUAAGCAUCACUUUGAUAUUAAGCACAGGACAAGAUAUGGACAGUUAAUAUUUUCUUUAACACACCUUUUUUAGUGUGUGCAUUAUACUCUUUUAUUUUCUUGCAAACUGUUUUGGCCCCAGAAGAGCUACAUGCAGCAUUUAAAGUACGUUCUGCUCAUAGCUCUCUAAAUACCGCGGCUGUGUGAUUACGCUCAGCUGCAAUAAAUGUAAAAAGUCCAAUUGUCCCUCCCUGCCAUAUAAUGUCCCCCCUGCCAGUGUCUGGGAGACCUGCAGGAUCUGAAAAGAUCCUGGUUAGGUCUCCCUGCUUGCCCCAGGCUUGUGGAUUGGUGCUGGGCUUUUUCAGCUGCCAAACACAGUUCUCUGUCUGAAGGAGCUGUAGCAUGAGAGAAAACUAUCCCUCUCAUGCUACAAUGACACAGUACAUAGCCUUCUGUACUGUGUGAGCUAGGAAAUCCCUCUGCGCUUGGAGGUGGUAUUAAGGCCUGGAUUAGGAGAAGUUUAAAGGGACACUAUAGUCAGGCCCGUCGCUAGCGGGCAGGCAAACCAAGCAAUUGCUUGGGGCCCCAAGCAGAGCCGGUGCUUCCUAUAAGGCUGCAGCUGCUUGAGCGCUCUAUAGAGAGCCUCAGGUGGCUGCAGCACUCCUCUCUCGUCACCUCCCUUUCCCUGUAGCGUGGUCGAGCUCCUCUUCCUCCUAGCUGUCAGUCCGGCCAGGAACAGGAAACUGAAUCUCCUGUACCGCGCGGUACCCGGCCGGACUAACAGCCAGGAGGAAGAGGAAGAACAUAGGGAUGGGAUGGGGGAGUAAAAAAACAUAGGGAGAGGGAGGGGGGAGUAAAAAAACAAAACAUGGGGGGUGGGAGGAGGAGUGAAAAAAAACAUUUGGGGGGGAGAGUAAGAAGGACACCGGGAGGGGGAGUGGGGGAGUAAGGACACAGGGAGGGGGAGGGGAGUAAGAAGGACAAGGGGGAGCAGUUUUAGAUAAUUUGCACAUGUUUGUGAGAACUGAAAAAUGCUAAUGUGAGUGUGUGUUUUAAGUAUGUUGGAUUUAGUUAUUGUGCACUUUUUUAAUGUAUAUUUGAUUUUAUGGUACAGUGGUGUUUUUUUUGCAAAUGUUUUUGCAAAUGUUCAAAAAGUGAGGGUGAACUUAAACUGUAUUGGGGGGGUGCAUCCAUGUCCAUUUUGCUUGAGGCCCCCAAAUUCCUUCAAACGGCCCUGACUAUAGUCACCAGCAGGGCAGCCAUCAGAAAUGUUGUGGCCCCUGAUGCAGCCCAAAGUCUUGGCCCCCGGGCCCACCUCUAAGCCAGCCCCCAACGGGACACUGAAUUCCCUGGUGGCUCAGCUGGUUGGGCCAGCAAAGAGGGGCCCUGCAGCCUUCAUCUUCCCCCUCCGGGCUCUACUUCUGUCGUGAGCCCGGUAUGCAUUGCGUGCAGCGGAGUGUUGUCGCAAGAGUGCCGGAGUGGAAGGGGAGCCAGCAGGGCCCGCAAAGGUGUGUGUGUGUGUAUGUGUGUAUGUGUGUAUAUGUAUGUAUGUAUGUAUGUGUAUAUAUAUAUAUAUAUAUGUGUAUAUAUAUAUAUAUAUAUAUAUAUAUAUAUAUAUAUAUAUAUAUGUGUAUAUAUAUAUAUAUAUGUGUGUAUGGUUAUGUGUAUGUAUAUAUAUAUAUGUGUAUGUGUAUAUAUAAUUAAUUUCUAUUUAUGCCAGGUUAAUUGUUUGACCAUUUACCCUUAGAGGAUGCCAGGGUACUACUGACUCUAUAACCAGUACUGCAUUGUAUAUAUAUCUCUCUCCCCAUAUUAAAAAAAAAAAAAAAAAAAAAAAAGCCUUGUCCUUAAAGGAUUAUUUAGGCACCCAGACCACUUCAGCUAAUGAGGUGGUCUGGGUACAGGUCCAGCUAGUUACCUAUUUUUUUUUUCAUAAACAUAGCAGUUUCAGAGAAACUGCUAUGUUUAUGAAUGGGUUAAGCCUUCCCCAUCUUCCAGCGCUGUCUCUGGCUGACAGCUACCUGAGGGCGCUUUGGCGCGUUUCCUCACCGUGAAAUAACAGCGAGUAGCUACGCUAGGCCCAUAGGAAAGCAUUGAUAAUGCUUUCCUAUGUGACCGGCUGAAUGCGCGCGCAGCUCUUGCCGCGCGUGCGCAUUCAGCCGACGGGGAGAAGAGGAGGAUCGGAGGAGGAGAGCUCUCCACCCAGCGCUGGAAAAAGGUAAGUUUUUUUUUUUUUUUACCCCUUUCCCCCUUCCAGAGCCGAGCGGGAGGGGGACCCUGAGGGUGGGGGCACCCUCAAGGCACUAUAGUGCCAGGAAAACGAGUAUAUUUUCCUGGCACUAUAGUGGUUCUUUAAGGGAUUAAGGAAGUCGUUUGUAGUGGAUGUUGUCUUAUUGGUUUAAAAUAUCUGAAACCAUGCAUAUAUACAUGUCCAGUUGAUGAUUUUAUUUUUUUUCUCUUUCUAGGUAUUGUGUUUGCAAAAUAUGGACCGAUAUGGAGGCAACAACGGAGAUUCUCUCAUACAACCCUUAGACAUUUUGGACUUGGCAAACUUAGUCUGGAACCCAAAAUUAUUGAAGAGUUUAAAUAUGUGAAGGAAGAGCUGUUGAAAUUUGGGAGAGAACCCUUCAGCCCAUUUCAGAUCAUUAAUAAUGCGGUUUCGAAUGUUAUCUGUUCCAUAAGUUUUGGAAAGCGCUUCAACUAUGAAGAUGAAGAGUUCAAAACAAUGCUGAGGCUGAUGUCCCGUGGAUUAGAAAUCUGUUUAAACAGUGAGGCUGUCAUGAGCAAUAUAUGCUCAUGGCUGUAUUAUUUACCCUUUGGACCAUUUAAGGAAUUGAGGCAGACUGUGAUAGACAUCACUGCCUUUCUGAAGAAAAUCAUUGAAGAGCACAAGACUACUUUGGACCCAGGCAACCCCAGAGAUUUUAUUGACAUGUACUUGCUUCAUGUAGAGGAGCAAAAAGCACAGAAGGAUAGCAGUUUUGACACAGAAUAUCUUUUCUACAUUAUUGGUGACCUCUUCAUUGCAGGCACUGACACAACUACAAACACACUGCUUUGGUCUUUAUUAUAUAUGUGUCUCCAUACAGAUAUUCAAAGUAAGUUUCUUUGAUUUUUUUUUGAGAACAGUCAGAGGAACACUUCAAGCACCAUAACCAAUGAAGCUGGCUAUAGUGGUUAUGGUGCCAUGAGUGUCCUGACACCCUUUCAAGGUAAGUAGUCAAACAAUUUGCUAAUGGUUUUACAACAUACCUGGGUUCUGUUGGUCACAUCAUUUUCUGAAGCAAGAAGCUCCUUUUAGGAGCUCCCAUUAUCUUUAUUGAGAUAAUGCUGUGCAGGACCAACUCAUUGGCUGAGAGCAUCAGCUGAGUGUUCUUAGUCAGUGAGAUAAGCCCUUCAACACCAGGCUUAGCUCAAUGCAGGAGCUUCUGGGCCGCAAAGGAGAAGGUGAUUAGUGGACCCCAGGUUAAUUGUUAGACCAUUUGCAAAAGAGUUGACCAUUUACCCUUAGAGGAUGCCAGGGUACUACUGACCCUAUAACUAGUACUGCAGCCUAUAGUGGUUAUAAUGCCUUGAGUUUUUUUUUCAUGACAAUUUUUGUUUAGAACUUGUUUUAGGGAUGAAAAAAGCACGUACAAUAUAUGCUUUCCAUACUGAUAGCAGUGGUACAACAGGAGAGAUGUUCCUUCUGACUUUAUAUAGGUAAGGCAGCAUUGACCCUAUAAAUAUAUUUGCAUAUGCCCACCCAGAAUUCUUAGCAGUAGUAACAUCACUGAAACUUUGAGAUUUCUGUGGGAAAAGAAAGUCGUGUGUGUGUUUGCGCACCUGCUGGUACCACCCUUACCUUCUCCUUAAGGGCAUAAAACCAGCCCCUCCCCCUUCUGAAAAACAUGAAUCCCCUGAAUAACGAGAGUCAAAGCUUUUUCUAAAACAAAACAUUUAUGUUGUUCCACAGGCAAUAUUGCACUCUCUGAUGGCUGUAAGAAAAAUCCUUGCAUUAAGUAUUCGUUUCAGCUUAAAGGCACAAUCCAGUGCCAGGAAAACAAACAGUUUUCCUCGCACUGCAGGUCCCCUGUCCCUCCCACCCCCCAUCCCAUGUUGCUGAAGGGGUGCAAACCCCUUCAGUGACUUACCUGAGACCACCGCCAAUGUCCCUCGGCAGUGGUUUAGGGUCCGCCCAUGGGAGACUGAUUGCAAAAUGCUUUCCUAUGGUGAUUUUAGCGAUGCUGGAGGUCCUCACGUAGCGUAAAACCUGUGCUAUAGUCCAGGAAGUGCCCUCUAGUGGUCUAGUAGACAGCCACUAGAGAAGGAGUUAACCCUGCAAUGUAAUUAUUGCAGUUUAUGAAAACUGCAAUAUUUACAGUUGCAAGGUUAAGGGUAGUGGGAGUCGGCACCCAGACCACUCCAAUGGGCAGAAGCGGUCUGGGUGCCUGGAGUGUCCCUUUAAGGAAGCUGCAGAGGCAGCUAACAAAUAAAAGCUGAAAUAUUUUAAUUCCUAAACCAGUUCCAACAGACUUUGCACGUAAUAAAAAUGUUUUUUUAUUUACAUUAUAUCCUUAGGCGUGUCAGUCUUGCCGCUGCUGCUAAUCCUCCCCUUGCAAUACUCAUUUCAGCCAAUCUAAUGCCCCAUAGGGAAGCAUUGGGGGACUAGUGAGAAUGUGCGGCAAUCACUACACAAACAGAAGAUCAGUCGCUAAAACAGUCCUUUUGGUGUGUAGCAACAACAUUCCUGCCAAUGGUCUUUCCUCCUGGCUAGAGAAAUGUUUCAUGCAGUGGCGAGUACGAACAUAUAGUACAAGAAGAUCUCCUAUAUCCUUAGGUGGGUAUUGUUCUGCCCAGGCCCAAGAUAUCAGCUGGUGUAAAACUCCACCUAAUGUAAGUGCCACUCCAUCCCUAUUCCUGUCCUGAAAUAGGGAACUAUUCCAAAAUGGUGCCUUUUAUUUAAUUUUUUUACAUAUAUAUCCAUCUGAAGCACAACCAUCCAUCUACUGUGAAUUAUUAUCAAAUCGCUGAGCUGCGCCAAUCAGCAUCUCCUCCGAGAGAUUUAUUGAGUCAAUGCAUUGAGGGUCUUAUAAUUCACAUAAUAAUGUACUUCAUUUCCAAUUCAAAGCGCUUCCUUUCUGACUCUCUCCUUCAUCAUGACUCUUAACCUAAGCCAUGGUGACUUUAACUGGAAUGUUAAGAAAAAAGGGGAUCUGUAUCAUUCCACAUCUAGACGAUUAUUGUGGUAAGGAUGGCAGAUCUUUUAAAAAAUAUUUUAUAAACCGUAUCUCUAUUUCUCAGGAAACACACCAGAGAAUAGUCAAAAUAAUAGCAGAGGUCAGGAGCACAGAACGAAACACAGUUGCAAGGAAUAGCCAAAAGUCAGGGAUACCAGAAAUUAGGGAAUUCACAACAAAGCUAUGAAAGGCUAGUAGGCCUCAGCUGAACUGAGCCCGCAAGGCUUAUAGAUACCCCAAGCUAUUUAGCUCAAGGUAAACUAAGCAUUUGCUUUGCGCCUCCAUAUGCCCGCUCGGACGUCCCCGGUUUUCUGUGCGGUUCUUUCUCCUGUCAUUGAGGGGCCCAAGAGCUGGCUGUCUGGCCAGCUUAUGAAGCCCCCAGGUCCAUACUGUCUGUUGUACUGGCUCUGCCCCCCCACAAUCCCAUUUUUUUUUUUUUUUUUAAAUCUCUUUAUUCUAUUAAAAUUGAGUGUUGUGUUGAUUACACAGGUUUAUGACCAUUGUCAUAAAUGUCAUAAAUGAUGGCAGAACACCUCUUUGUGCUGUUAUACUGAUGGGGGAAUGGCAUAGAGUAAGAUAAAUUACUGCCAUCAAAGCAGUUCUCUUGCUUACAGUGAUUGUCUCUGUAAGUAUCUUUUGGAUAAAGGUUAAGAGUUUACAAGAAUUACAAGGUGCAUUUUGACAUUGGCGUUAAAAAAUUGACUCUCUUCCAGCUUCUUUGUUGUCAUGUGCUUCUUUUUGAUCCUUCUAGAAGGUCAGGUAGAUAUCAAUUUGAUUACUUUGAAUUCAUCAUGUUUUAAUAUCACACAGGGCAAAGAUUAGAAAUGAAAGCCACGUACUUAAUAUGAAUCAUAAAUGUAGCAAUUUAUGGGGAUCAGGACAAAACUAUUUUAACAAAAAGCAAACAAAGUUUAAACUUGCAUGUAUAUAUCUCAAUAGUGUAGCGUCUCUAAGUGAGUGUAAAUUCUGCUGUAUCAAUGCAGUUUAGAAGGACCAUCUCCAGGUGUAGGGGAAGAGCCCCAUUUUUUUUUUUGUUAAAUGCUCCUAAAUGGUUUGAUUAAAAGUCUGUUAAACGAAAUCUAGACCCUGAGAUGUAGUGAUUGGAUUGCUUCGAGUAAAAUUGUAAUGACCGGUUCCCUUUUACAUUGCUCACAUCCUUUCUUUACUACUGCUUUUCUUACCAUGGUUUCCCCUCUUUCACAUUAUUUCCACCAAUUCUCCUUUUAUUUUUUUUUAUUUUUUUAAAACAAUUUAUUUUUUAUUUUUUAUUCUGUUCUUUUCUAUGCUCUCCUAAUUGAAUUUCCCAUUUUUGUCCCCCCUACUCCUCUUUCACAUGCAGUUGCUGCCUUACCACUCUCUUCAGGACUUGAUUAAUGAUUGCCAUGCAAAUAUGGAUAGAAUUGAUAUUGCGUUUGCUGGCAUAGAAACCCAUGGUAUGACCCAGAACUAGGAAAUUAACAUCACCAUGGUUGCUUUGUGAUAGCAAUUAUAUGGUGCUUAGACUAUCCCAUAAAUGGCUACUUAGUUUUUCUAUGUAUUAUUUAAUCUAUUAUAUUCAUUCAUUCAUUCAUUUAGGGGUUCAGAUUAAUACUUCAAGAGCUAGUGAACUUCUAAAAUAGAAUCUGUCUUAACAUUACCAAGUUAUGGUAUAUUUUGAUUGCAACUUGGCUGAUAUUUUUUGAUUAGAUUCAAUAUGCAUUAAAUGUGGCAUGCUCUCUAACAGACUCUGUCUGCCCUAAACUGAACCUUUAAAUUGAGAUCUAAUGAAAUUGCCUCCUCGGUACAUGGCCACAUUUUAUAUUUUAAUCUGUUUAGACUAUUCUACCAGAAUUUUGCAGUGAUUUACAUGUUCAUAGCUAAAUGUCGUUCUGAAGUGCAUGGUGCUGUUAUAGCUUAUUUUCAUAAAGUAGCAAAAUUGUUUUCGUGCCUUGUGCUUUGAACAGAGAAGGUCCAGGAUGAAAUUGAUACCGUCAUAGGAAGAGACCGGCCUCCAUCACUGACGGACAAAACUCAUAUGCCCUUCACAGAAGCUACUAUAAUGGAGGUGCAGAGAAUGACUACUGUUGUCCCUCUUUCCGUUCCCCACAUGACUUCAGAAUCUACAGGUAUUUAGUUUAUCACUGAAGAUUUAGAUGCAGCAAAGUGACAUUUACAUGGUUAUUUGCUAAAGUGAAUUGUCAGGACUGCAAAAUUUCAAUCUUAGACCAAAAUAGUUCAACUGAAAAGAGAGCUUUCAGUUAAAUUCCAAACAAAUUUACACUUCAGUAAAUAAUCUUUUUUAGAUAUAAAUGUUUUACGGUUGAUAUGUUUACUGACUACUUUAGAAUCUAUUGCAGUUGAUAACAUGCAUGUUUUUAUAUGCUAUUAAUUCAAAUUUUUUACUUUAUUUUUAGCUCCCACCAGUAUACCAUCAUAUAUGUUCCCCUUAGCUAAUAUGUAUAUAGCCUGAUUUAAUUUGUUUUUAAUAGUUUAUUGUUCUUCUUGCAGGGCAAGUUUUGGAUUGCUGUAUGUUAAGAACAGCUAAUCUUCACUUUAUAGCUUUUAUACGUUGACCCUUUAGCUACAUUAUUAAGCAUAAAUUAACUCUGUGUUUUGGUGUUUCAUUAAAUAAUGCAUUCGGGGGGGAUGUUUGUUGUCUUUAAUUUAUACAGGUUUUUAUUUAGAAAAACUGCAAUGUUUACUUUGCAGCACUAAGACAGCCUGUCGUAACUGUCUAUCAAACCGCCACUAGAGGCGCUUGCUAGCAUCCAGCAUCAGUUAAAUCCCAACAGGAAAGCAUUGCAGCAAUGCUUGGCUAUUGGGAGGGCCUAAUGCGCUUGACAUGACUGCAUUAGUGCCCCCCUCCCCCCCCCCACCGGAUCAUGUCAGAGGAGGCAGAUCACUGACGCAGCUCCCGAGGGACAUUGGCACUAGGAGUGCAUAACUAAAUAAAGGGUCUUCGAACAUUUUGUUGUUGGAGGAGCCACGAGGGAGCUAUAGUGCUAGGAAUAUAGCUUUGUAUUCCUAUCACUGUAGUAACCCUUUAACAAUUUAAUAUAUACAAACUUUAAUUGAGAUGUUAAAAUAACUUGAACAGAAUAUGCAUAUAUUAAGUAUGUUUGAUGACUGUUCUAUUAAUGGUCAAAAAAUAUAUAUAUUUUUUUUUUUUUUGCUUUGUAUUAUCAUAUAAAAGUAAAAAAAAAUAAAAAAUGCCAAAACUUACAAAGUAGGGGGGGAAAAAAUGUUCAUCAAAUAUUCCAAAUCAUAUACUUGGACCAUAAAUGGAUUUCAAGUUAUGGCUCUUACAGGUUCUAAAUAAACAUAGCAUUAGGAACGUCAUCCUUAUUACCACCCUUUUUAGGCAAUAAUUCAUCUAUUCCUAAUGUUAUUUUGAUCAUGAAACCUUUUCACUAGAUUAUGGAUUUCAUAAUCACUUGCAGCUAAAUAGGACUUUGGUUUGUCACCAGAAUAAACAUACCUGAUCAAGUUUAUUUGCCUUUUGAUAGAGUUCCAAGGAUAUCACAUUCCAAAGGGAGCUGUGGUGCUUGCCAAUCUGUGGGCUCUUCAUAGAGAUCCAAAGGUGUGGAAAAAUCCAAAUGAUUUUAACCCCAGCAGAUUUCUAGAUGAAAAUGGACAAGUCCUCAAACAAGAAGAAUUCAUUCCUUUUGGAAUUGGUAACAAACAAAAACCUUUCUUUUAUGAGUAUUUACUUUUAAAUUCCAUGUUAGGUUUUAUUUUUGUUCUUAUGAUAUGAAUAUGUAUAGGGGCGUGUCUCUCAUUCUUGUGGCUGCUUUCUGGAUGUUAGGAGGUAUGAGCUAAUAAGAAAGUUGCUGGAAGUGUUUGAUUGCUCCCUAGUGGUGUGUCACAUGAACUGCUAGCAUGCUUCCCUUUCUGGAAAAGGAUGUUUGGUUUGGGUCUUUUCACCCUCCCAACAGUAAUUUGAGUGGAGUUUUGUGAUUUACAUAUAUACAAAGAUUAGCAGUAUUGGUUAAAAUCCAUUGAAAGGGUAUGCAGUGAGCGGUUGCUAGCCAUUGUUAGUAAAAGUAAAAAUUAAAAGAGCACAGCAACCAGAAUAGGUACAUUAAAGUAACUACAGGGAAGUAUUGUAUAUAGCAUAUGGCGAAAAGAGAACUCUCCCAAUAUGGAGUUCGAAAUACAAAACGAAAAAAUAUAAAAAUAAAAUCAAAGCCCACCUUGGUAAUCACAUGGUUUUUUUUAGUUUUUUUUUUUUGUAUUCCUCUUACAUGUAAGAUAAACGCAAUUCCCAAGUGUUGCCCUCUAACAUGGUUAAAUUCACUCAAAACUGUAAUAUCUGCAUACCUCUUCUGUUAAAUAGGUGUUGCAUGUUUUAUUCCUCACAAAUCCGAAUAGGAGGGGACCGUAACUGGCAUGGAAAUAUUGCCAAUGUUGCCAGUUUAUCAAUCCAAGCAUGUCAUCAGAUCUUAGAUGAAUGGGAGGUAUAGUACUGUAGUCCAGUCUUCGUGCAAGUUUUCCCAGUUCGUCUAUAAAGAAAGAGUAUAUAGUUCCAUCAGUUAAAAAAAAAAAAUUAAAAAAAAUUAUUGCAGCUUAGAAAGGAAUUGUAGAAGUAAAGAUAGACAGAAAAAAAUGCAAUGCAAAGCUUUCUAAUAAAAUUCAGUGGAUGGUAUAGACCAGUGUUUCCCAAUUGGGGUUCCGCCGAAAAAUUUGAGGAAAAAAUGGCUGCGAGGGAGCAGUGAGCACUGAUCUCCCUCGCGCGCACAGCAGUGAUGCUGGAGCCGGAAUAUGACGUUGCUCCGGCAUCACUAGGAAGCGCGCGAGGGAGCUGAGCAGAGAGAUCAGAGCUCCCUUGCCGUCCGCCUCCACCACUCACCUGUCUGUCCCUCGCUGCCCGCCAAGCUGCAGCCAUCCCCACUGGACCACAGGGACUUAAUGCCAAAAGCCCCACUGGACCCCAGGGACUCCAUGCUUGCACUCCUAAAGGUAGGGGGGCUGGAUGGAGUAAAAAAAAAAAUGUAUGUGUGUCUGUUGGGGAGUUUGUAUGUGCUUGUCAGUGAGUAUGUGUUUGGCAGUGAGAAUCUAUCUGUUCUUGUCAAUGAGAGUUUUUGUGUGUGUGUUUGUCAGUGAGAGUGUAUGUGUGCAUGUCAAAGAGUGUGUGUGUGUAUCUGUGUCAAGGUUUGUGUAUGUCACUGUGUGCAUCUUGGUGGGUGUUUGUGUGUGUGUGUGUAUAUCUGUGUGUCAGAUACAUACACACUGACAGAGAUACACACAGGCGCAUACAAACAGAUAUACAAACCUUGACACACACCGGCACAUGCAAACACAUACACACACACACACACACACCUUGACACACUGAUACAUACGCACACAGUGUGUUAAGGUGUGUGUAUCUGUGUGCCACUAUCUGACAGUGUGUGUAUCUGUUUGUCAGAUUCAUACACACUGGCACAUACAAACACAAUUACACACACCUUGACACACACACAUUUAAAAAAAAAUGCAAUUGAAUUUAUUUUUAAUUUUUUUUUCGGUGGUGGGUGGGAGUGUUGAAGGGGGGUUCCACAAUGUUGAUACACAAUGUCAAAGGGUUCCACUGGAGAAAAUAAUUGGGGAAACCCUGGUAUAGACAGAUUUAUAGGUCAGGUUAUUGGUAGUCCAUAUUUGUUUCAAUUCACUAGCUUAAAAAACUAAGCAUCAGGGCUUUUGGAUGUUGCUUAGGAAAUCUGUCCUGGGCUGCUACAUUAAGAAACACAAUGUAUUUUUGUUGUAAAAGAUAAUUGAAGGUUUGUUUGCUACACCGGCAUUUCACUGUGUUUCAAUAAAAGUAUGUGGAUGGUGAGAAAAUUCUGCAUACUCUCAGAUACCUGAGGGUUUUUUCACUAAACAAUGGAUUGUGGUUAUUGGAAAAAUGAACGGCUAAACUCAGGCAAAACCAGCCAAGCUGUGAUCACUUUGGAGAAAUCAGCAGGUUUUCCCUAACAUUAUAAUUUACAUAUAUUUGUUAUAUUUAAAAUUGUAGGAAUUUUAAGUUUGGCAAGAUUUAGAAAAUCUAGCUGAUUUUGAGUCAUUCUGUUAUGACAGACCACCCAGGAUCGUUACAUGGCUCCUAGCCAUCACCUUCCCUAUUUUUACACACUAUUCAUCCUCCAGAGUACAGACCAUGCCUCCCAGCUCAGUGAUCCUAUCCAAUGGCCUAGAGGACUUCAGAGAUUGUUGGGGCAACUCGCAGAGACCUACAGCGCCUGACAGGGAGCCAGUCACAAAUCUUCUGGACCUCCAGAUCACGGAGUUGCCGCGAUCUGGUCAAACUUUAUCAAGGUCGCUCUUGGUCCCAAGACCACCAAACAGAGCACUAUUUGGAGGGAUGAUAGAGGAGGUGGUGAGGCAUUGAACAACACAAAGAACUUAAGGGAGCUCAAUGUACCGACUGAAGGCGUAGUCAUCGAAAGUGACCAGGACUUUCCACCCAGUGUUAUGGAACCCUGCGUCAGAUCGGUGGUCGCUCACAGCCCGGUUAAAAUUUAUUGUCUGUACUAUUUAGGCUAGGCACCUCCAAUCUGAGUGCCUUUUGAACUGAACAUCUGUCUCGGGGGGACCUAUCCGGGAGUGGCACUAGUUUGGAGAUGUGGGCACAGUGACCUAUGGUUUUUGAGUGAAUUGUUGUUUGUGCCUUGGUGUCUGGCCAUUAAUAAAGUUAACUUGUCAGGUACAGAUACCAAGACAACAGGUAUUGCGAAAUAUCAUGGUUCUCUUGGUGACCACCUGUUGGAGACCCAGGUAUAAAAAAUGCAACAUUCACACAAUAAAACACUUGUAUCACCCUUACAUUAAGCUUCUAAUAUCUAGGGAUGGAAUAUAUUCACAAGGGAGCUAAUCAGUAAGGGGGAAAGGUAGUCCUUGGCAGCAACACUCACCUAGGAGUAGUCCGCCACAUGAGUCAUGGUCACAGCUUGGCUAUUUUAGCCUAAAUUUUGCCAUUUUAAUAAAAUUCCUCUGUUAAUGAAUAAACCCCAUUGUGUAUUUUUGUAUUCCAUUGUACUGAUGAUGAUGUUUGUUUGUGCCCCAAAAAUAAAAAGAUUUUUGUUUUAAUUCUUGCAAAAGUUCACAGCUCUGUCUUUCUUGUUAUUUAUUUAAUCAGGUCGGCGUGUUUGUAUGGGGGAACAGCUGGCGAAGAUGGAAUUGUUCCUAAUGUUCGUCAACCUUCUCCAAAUGUUUAUUUUUAACUUUGCUGAUGAUACAUUUGCACCAGCGCUGGAAGGACGGUUUGGACUGACACUCGCUCCCUAUCCGUUUGACAUUAAAAUUGCCAAGAGAUAAUACUGUAAUAUAUCAUUAACUGAUUGCAAAAUAAUUAUUGAUGCCUUAAAAUAGUGCUUGGGACAAGGGCCCUGGGGGGGAAUGGGGAGGGGGGGGGGUGGAGUUCACACAUAAUACUGAAACAGAGUAGGCCUGCCCAGAGAAGUGGUGUGUUAGCAUUGUGUUAUUGCAUGCUAGGCUGCCCAUGCACACUGCAGACCGUGCAUAGAGAACUGUUGUACAACUAACUGCUCUUGCAUUGUGCUGGCUAGUGGCCGUUCCCUGUUGUCCCCCAAUAUUCAGCACUAGGAAAUCAACCAAGAGGGGCAUGAUAAGACCAUGAGAUAGGGGACCAUUGGGUGUCUUCUGGUUUGCAUUUUAACCUGACUUCUGCAUUGUGUUUAGCAUAGUUAAUAUGCUACUAGCAGUGGAUGCUUUGUAAAUGUUAACAGGGAUGGACUAUAGAUGGAGGAAUACUGCACACUUAAUGAAAUCCUGGUGCAACCAGACCUGGGGUUGGCUACCCCUCCUUUAUUGGUUAGAAAAAUUGUGGUCCAGGCACUCAAGGAUCAAAAAACAUAAUUGCAUUAAAUUGCAAAACUUUGGCCAAAAUAGCUGAUAUGGAAGCAUUCUCCAACUCUCUGUAAACAGUGCAGGGGCAAGGCCAAACACUGGCUUGGCAAAUCAGCAUCUCUUCAUAGAGAGAUGCAUUGAAUCAAUGAAUAGCUGAAAUGGAAGCAUUCUCCAACUCUCUGUAAACAACGUGUGGGUCUUUUAGCAUAUAUAUAUAUAUAUAUAUAUAUAAUCUCUAUCUCUCAAGUAAAUGAUUGCAGGUAAAUUCCAUGGUGUGUUUGUAAGGCAAGUCGGGAUCCUCUUCAGCUCCAGGCGCUUCAUUUGCCAGGAGCCCAUGUCAGUGUAAUCUCGCACACGUGUUAGAGUAUAACAUUGAUAUGUAUGGUCAGGGUGACCAGAUCAACCAUGUUUUCUGGGACAUAUUGAUGGGCAGCACAUGAAAAGGGUAGCCUUGUAGUAUGUAGAAUUCAGAAGAAGGUGUAUUAGAUUAAGCAAUUAGCUAGUAGGCAAUAAUGCAGAAUAUGCAUUGUACGUAUUGCAGGGCAACCAUUUUCAUGAGUUUUCAUAAAUAUGAGAAACUUAUUUGUCCCUGUAAACAUGGUGGAUCUGGUCACCGUGUGAAUGGAGGAUCCUGCAAGGCCACGGGAGCCUCUAUAGACAAUCGCUUUUCCUCACAACCGUCACUAAUGACGGCUGGAGGAAAUGACAAAAUGUGACGGCGAUAGCAAAGCCUUUUGUCGUGUUGUCAGUUGUACGAAAAAUUUCCCUACUUUGUCUCAGUAUAUCUUUUAAAUGUGUUGCAAUUUCUAUGAAAUUCUAGCAUAGUCAAUGUGAGUACUUCUUCAUAAAGAUUUUCUUUUGUGGAAGGGGGGCACUGCUUUAAAGGUGAACUGUCAUCUCAGCACUUUUCCCAUAGGAAAAGCAUUGGAUUGGCUAAGAUCGGUGCGGGGGCAGGGCCAAAUACUGUCUUGGUAAAUCAGCAUCUCUUCAUAGAGAUGCAUUGAAUCAAUUAAUCUGUAUGGGGAAAGUUCAGCAUCUCCAUGCAGAGCAUGCAGGAAGCACCUCCAGUAGCUAUCGGAGUAGUGGCCACUGGACUUGUGCCUAGGGAGCAAUGUAAACACUGCAUUUUCUCUGAAAAGGCAGCAUUUACAGCAAAAAGGCUGCUUGGACUGACAACUCACCAGAACAACUACAUUAAGCUGUAGUUGUUCUGGUGACUAGAGUGUCCCUUUUAAGUAUGUCAAUUCUUCCUAAUUUUGUCUGGUUUUUUUUUCCCCCUCGUUCCCAGCUCUAUUUCUUCCUCUAUUCAUCACUUAACCCCCUUUACGCUCCUCCUAUCUCAUCUCCCAAUUUUGUCCCUCCUUCCACUGCCACUUUUAUUUUAUUUUUCAUCCAUCCCCUUUCACGCUUUCGUUUUUGAGUUUAACCUGUGCUGUUCAUGGCUAGCCAGAUGGGCUGCUGCUGCCUCUUCUUCUUCUGCCAUCAUGGCAGACCGUUCUCAUAGUCUAGAUCCUGCUUAGUUCUGCUUUUUUGUCUGGAGAGGGCUUGGAUACAAUGUCUGAUAUUAUCCCUGUCUUUCAGGACACAGAGCUUCAUGUUUCCUGACAGGUCGAGAAAGCAGAGCCCUUUAUUCCACAGGUUCCUAAAAUUAUUAUUGCUGCUAAAUACUAUUGCUACUACUAUACUACAAACUAUCGUGAACAUUUUUGGGGAUGAUAUGUUGAUCUCACUUCAAAACGGCCUGUGGCUGUAUAGCUGCAGCCAGAAGCCGGAGAGACCCAUCCCUCUGUGCAUGUCCAAAAUGCCCAAGUCGUCAGUCUGUCCCUGAAUGUUAAUGAAAUAAGAUACAUGUUAUGCUUCCCUGUAUUAUUUAACAAACUGGCAAUGUUUUAACUAGUAGACAUUCAUUUAUUUUAUGCAUAGGAAACUUGAUAUAAUUGUCAUCCAAGCAUUAUUGUAGCAUUUUUCUUUAAAGGACCACUAUAGUGCCCGGAAAACAAAACAUAUUCGUUUUCCUGGCACUAUAGUGCCCUGAGGGUGCCCCCACCCUCAGGGUCGCCCUCCUGCCGGGCUCUAGGGGGUGGAAGGGGUUAAACUUACCUCUUUCUCCA